AAGGAGUUUUGCCCUCUUUCCUCGUUUGUGCCGCUCUAGGCCUCUCGCCCUCUGUGGUUUCUUGCAUUCUUUUCCCCCCUCCCCCUUUCUUUUGCAUCCCGGAAGCGCCAACAGAGCAGGGGAAACGAGGAAGUGUGUGCGACGCGUGAAGCCGGAGCCGGGUUCUGGGGAGAGGAAGGGGGAAGAACUUGACUCCCUGGAGUGUCCCUCCCUCCCCCCCCCCACUACCCUCCACACCUUGGUUCUUCCCACGCCACGUCUGUCCCCGGCAACCCCGCCCCCUUUGAGUUGAAACAGAGCUGUCAGUCCUCACCGCCCACCCUCCAAGAACGGUCCCUCUCCCUCCCUGCCCUCCACCGAGCAUGGCUUCCUCCCCUUCCUCUGGUUCCAACUGGGGCCUGAUCAUGAAUAUUGUGAACAGCAUUGUUGGGGUCAGCGUGCUAACGAUGCCCUUCUGCUUUCGACAGGUUAGUCCCGGGUUUGCGCCAAAUUCUGCUCCUUUUCUCCUUUGGCUCUCUCUGCCCCGCUUCCCCUAACUGACUGUAGUGGAUUCUUGAUCAUGGAUCUAUGGGGAUUGGGGGCAGUCUUUCUGAUCCCCGACCCCACUCCCACCCCCGUGCUCAGGGAGUUCCCUCCUCCAACCUCCCCAAAUGUCCUCGUGGCAAGGAAUCUGCACGUGGCAGGCAGAUGCUCAGGGGGUUGUCUUCUGUGGGGAAAGCUGCGCCCUGUGAAUAUCUGUCUGCAGUCAGUCUCUCGGAAAGGCAGAAGAGCUCAGCCAGAAAUAAAGCUGGGAAUCCUACAGGUGGUUCUGCUGCCACACCAAGCAAAGCGACUUCACCUGAUUUUGUUGGUUGCCUAGGAGGGAAAGUUGCUCUUUCACUUAGUCCUCGCACUCACUUUCUGUCCUCCUUCCUUUUAUGCUAAUCACUCUGCCCCACCUUUUUUGCUUAUGUUCUCACGUUUUACUUACUAAUUUCAUUUAAAAAUUGCUUUCUGCUAACUGAACCUAACUUUGCAUCCCCAUUCAUCUUUUCCCUUAUUCUCGCUUGCCUUGAUAGUUACAGGCUUGCACUUAUUGUUGAGAAAAGCCAGUUUUAGAUGAGUUCGGAUCAGUUGUUUGCCUUAUACUGUACUGUAUUGUUGAUGGUUGUUUAUAUUGUAGAAGGUAGUUUAUAACAUGCAGGUUAAGUUUUAUGGCCUGAGUGACCAUGUUUUGUUAACGCUUGCUGAGUACUGACACAAGAGGGGUACUUUGCAGACUGUUUAGGACAACACUUGUGGUUUAGCCUAUUUAUUCUUAGUUUGCUUAUAAAAAAUCCUGUUACAGUGGUACCUCGGGUUAAGUACUUAAUUCGUUCCAGAAGUCCGUUCUUAACCUGAAACUGUUCUUAACCUGAAGCACCACUUUAGCUAAUGGGGCCUUCCGCUGCUGCCACGUCGCCACAGCACGAUUUCUGUUCUCAUCCUGAAGUAAAGUUCUUAAUCUGAGGUAAUAUUUCUGGGUUAGCGGAGUCUGUAACCUGAAGCAUAUGUAACCCGAGGUACCACUGUAUUCUUCAUCUGCAAGACAUCUAUCCCACAAUAAAGAUUUCAGAAAGAAUACAAAAUGAGACAUGUAACAAAAUGUUGCAGUGUGGUGACCUCCUGUUCAGGGUGCCAGCCAGACGUGCUGCCUACCUUCAUACUGUAUUCCAUUCUAUUUGUUGUUGUUUUCUCUUUCUGUCUCUGUUUCUCUCUCUCUCUUUCUCUCUCUCUCUCUCCCCCCCCCCCGCCUCCUGUUUUUCUGCCCACUGAGUAUCUUCAGUCCUUAUAGGGUUAUUAUGGGGUUUCCCCUCCCUUAGGUUUUCUUUGACAAAUAUUUUUGUACUUCUACAAUCAUUGGCAUUCCCCAGUUCUUCUGAGUUCUCCCUCUUGUGUGUGGAUGGUGCUGUUUUGCCUACUUAAAGAUAGUCUCAAAAUGAGUUCACUAUUAGCAGAGCUAUGUCUGAGAGAGCUUUUCUCAUCAUGGCAAAUCUAAAGUUAUUUUAACUUUUGCAUAAUAGUUCCCUUGCCUUGUCUAUCUUGUGUAUUUCAGAUGGACCUUUGCAGUGGUGGCUCUCCAUGUAUGGAAUGCUUUCCCUAUGGAGGCUCACCUGGUGCUAUCUUUAUUUUUUGGUGCCAGACAAAAAGAAUCCUUCUCACAUGGACUUUUGGCCCUUAAUUUGAAGGGGUAUUUGUGGCCUCUUUUAAUGGGGCAGGAUCUUUAAGACCUAUCUUUUAUUUGUAUAGAUGCAUUUUGUUUAAGUUUUUAUUGAUUGUGUUUAUUGCAAUUGGGUUUAGUAUUUCUAUUGUGUCCGUAAGUCGCUUGGAACCAUGUCCAUGAGUAAAGCAAUGUUGGACAUUGUACUGAAGUUUUUCCGCACAUGUAUAACUUGUUUGGCAGGCGCAAAAAUGUCACAGAAUUGUGGAACAUAGGUGUUCAAAUAGUUCCUGUGUUGAAGAGUGGCAGGAAAGCCACUUCACCCACUCCCUAUUAAAGCCAUCCUGCAUCCCUGCAUGGUAGCCCUUGUUUCUGAUCUCCCCCUUCUCCUGCCAGGUCUCAGGGAUGUGGGUUGAGGUUGUCUCUCAGGUAGUUGGGGUAGCAGGGUUAGGACCUUUGCUGCUGCCUUACAUGUGGGAGUGGCAAUCAGGUCUUCCUGAGUUCCUGGACUCAUUCUUCUGUAUCUUUUAUUGCCUGCAUUGGUUGUGCCUGCUGUUGUUUUGCUUAUUGUUCCAGUUACUUUUGAGUUUGAAUCCUCCUCAUUGGACAGUCUGAUAGGCAGGUUGUGGCUCCCCCCCCCCCCCAGUAAUAAGUUCCAUGCUCUGCCUGUUGAGUCCUGGAUGAGACACCAUCCCUAUAUACCACACUGUACCCUUUAACUGGUGAGAGUAAUCGGCCUCACAGUUGCAUGUGCACUGCAUAUGCAACUGUAACCAACUUCUGCUCCUUGCACUCUUUAAAUAAAGCUUUUGCGUGGUUUGGGGGUAUAUUGUAUAUGUGAAUUAUUAUACAGGUGUGAACUUCCUAAUUUGGUACAGAAAUUGUCCUAGUAGACAAAGACAUAAGAAGAGUCAUGCUGCCUUAGACCAGAGGUCCAUCUUCUCUAGCAUCCUGCUUCCCACGAUGGGCAACUAGGUGCCUUUGGGAUGCACACAAGGAGGACAUAAUGGUAGUGUCCCUUUCCUUUUCGUUGUUCCCUGGCAACUGGUGUUCAGUGGAAUACUGCCUCUGAACCGGGAGAUUCCAUACACCACAAUUCACAGGUGUAUAGCACUGUUGUUCUAACUAGAACUAAGGCGUAUUGGUUGAGAUCCUCUGAACUUUCAGAACAGCCUGUAAUUGUGGUAUACAGUCUCAGUGGCAUCGAAGUGAUCCCUUCCCCUCGAGCUUUUGUCAGAGUUCCUAAGACGCUGAAUGCUCAGUUUUCCUGUUAAGACUAAGUUCUGUUUCUGAAUUGGAAAGGCACAGCUGGUGUUGGCUGUUCAGGUUUUACACCUGCCAUUUGCAAGGUAAUGGUCUGCAUCUCUCUUUACAAGCACAAAGAGUUCUACAAUUUGUCCAUUUAGGUUUUGUUCACAGAAUCCAGUCUGAUCAUGCCUCUGUAAAUGACUUCCAGACUUCUUUAAGAAAAACCUUGAAUGGAGUUUUAUAUUUGGGAUCUACCUAUAAUCUCACCUUCUUUCUCUGGAAGUUGGAUACCUUCCCCAUAGCUUUCUGUAUUAUUUUGAUCCCAAUAUCUCUUAAUGGCCAGCUUUCUGAUGAUCCACCCACCUAGGGCGUGCAGCAUGUUGGCAAAUAACCAUCGGUGGUUGGCUUCUGAAUUAGAUUAACCUUGGGUGGUGUUUGCUUUAUUUGAUAGCUAUUUAUUUAUACAGAGCAUUUUUACCCAGUCCUUUAGCCAAAGAGGCCCUCAGAGCAGCUUAUAAAAUAUGACAGCUAGAUAAUUAUUGCCCCAUUUAGGCUUGUUAGUUGCUUGUUAUCCUGAAGUCUCCAAUGGCUCAGUAGAGCCUGAGGCUCUUAAUCUCAGGGUUGUGGGUUCAAGUGCCACGUUGGGUGAAAGAUUCCUGCAUUGCAGGGGGUUGAACUAGAUGACCCUAGUGGUGCCUUCCAACUGUACAAGUCUGUGAUUCUGUGAUAAACAUAGAAUGGGAUUCAGCUAAGCUGUUGCAUGUGUGGAAUGUGGUCUGCUUGCAGAACAGGACUUCUCUCCCUUGCCCACAUCUUCUAAAUCUGAUCUGGAGGUCUGUGGGAAAAUCCAGAACAGGUUUAAGGAGUGCCUGGUGGGAGGAGAAGGGAGAAAGUACUGUUGCAUGAGUGGACUUUGUUCCACCCACUUGGUGGUGCAUUGAAUUUCACCCAUAGAUAUAUUGUACCAGUAAAAGAAAAAUCAUACAAAACAUCUACCAUUAAAAUGCGCGCGCACACAUACACACACACACACACACACACACACACAAUAAUAGCCAGAGGAAGCUUUGGCAGCACACUAAUACAGACCAUAUUAUUGCAGUCUAUCAAAAGUUAGGUUUGAGAGCUAAGGUUUUUUUUGGGCAUUGGAAAGAUGUCAGUGAAGGUGCAUGGUGGACCUUGCUGGGAAGAGCGUUCCACAGAUGGGGAGCCACAACUGAAAAGGCCCCAUCCUUUGUCAUCAUCAUCCCAAAGUCUCUCAGAGGUGGGACCUGGAGAAUGUUGGGAAUCUGAGGUGAGAUACCCACAUAGUGGAAGUUUCCCCCAGUUCCAGUCACCAUUCAGAGGCAUCUUAAGAUCCAAAAUAGUUUACUGCUGCAGAAGAUCAGGCUUCAGUAAAGCAGUUCCCGACACUGGUAUAUACAUACAGCCUGUAGGCUUUGCAGAUACAAAUACAGUUACAGAUACAUGCGAGUAUAAAGUAUUUCUGUUGCUCCAGCAAUUCAAGAUGUAACACAGAUUCCAACUCACUUCUAAGACUGACCCUGACACACAACAGACCCACUGACUGACUCAUGAGCUGAUGUGUCCUGCUCACUUAAAUAGAUGGCACUGGGCCAUUGCCAUAGCAACUGGCUUGGAUGACCUUGAACCUGUUGACUUAUCUCAUACAUGGGGUGAUUUGUGCUCAUGAAUAACCCCUUCUUCCAUGUCCAGUUCCUCCAACAGAGAAGGGUAUGAGAAUAAGAUCUAAGGGUCAAGGUAGGUUUCAUAUUGGGAGAGGUUUUGCAGAAGACACUGAGGUCCUGAACUGGGCUCAGAAGUGUACAGGCAACCAGUAUAGCUGCAAUAGAACUGAUGUUAUAUGAACUGUUUGCCCCAAACCUGACAACAGUCAGGCAGCCACAUUCUGCACUAAUUGAAGCUUCCGAAAUGCUUCCAAAGGCAGCCCAUAAGUAAAGCGCAUUGCAGUAUAGAAGACAUGACACACAAGGAAAAAGGGCUGGGAGGAGAGGUGGAAAAAAGCAGGCUCAGACAGCAGUUCUUAAAGUUAUGUUUUAUUUAUCUUCUGUGGUGUUCCCAUUGCACUUUCGGAGCUAUUUUUGUUCUCUGAACUUGCAAUCUUGCUCUCCACUCAAAGUCGCUUGAUUUUGUACCUGCAAUAUAAAAUGGUCAGCUUUACAGUGUACUGCAGAGGAUGGAGCUGCCCUAAAGACAGUUUGGAAACUUCAGUAAGUGCAGAUCAUGACAGUGGCAGUGAGAAUUUUGACUAGGGCAACCAGCUGGAAUCACUGGUGUUAAAAGAUCUUAACUUGGCUGCUUGUGAGUUUCUGGGCUGAAUUUCAGGUGCUGGUAUUGACCUAUAAAGUCCUUGAUGGCUUGUGGUCCUGGUGUCUGAACAGAACAUGCCCUUAGAUCUGGGGAUGGGGGGGGGAGACCCUUCCUGUCCCACCCUUGGGGGUGAUGCAUGAUAUGAUGACAUGGAAUAGGGCCUUCCUUGUGGUGGUGUUCCAAUUAUGGAAUCCCCACCCCCACCCCUGAGAUAUGCCAGGCACUGAUUCGUUUGACACUCCUUAGUACAGUGGUGUGCAAACUUUUUUCAAAGAGUUAAGGUUUUUGUAGGAAAUAAGGUGUCACAGGGGCAGGAUUAAACGGCGGACCAGAUUAGGCCCCCAAAGCGGACUUUGGACAUGGCUGCCUUAGUACAAAGCUAAAAUCUGUAUUUUUGCCCAGGCUCCUGUGCAAUAUUAGGUUUUACAAUAACAGAUAUAUAUUUUAUUUAAUUUGAUCUGUUUUUCUAGAAUUAUUUGAAUGUCAAUUAGGCUAAAAACUAUUCUGAAAUAAAACAGAAAAAUAUUAGGAGGAAUUUGACAUCUCGCUCCUGGUUCCAUCAGGACAAGCAUUUUGGCUUGCCAGGAGGAACAAUCCUCUCACUACUCCACACAGUGCACUGGUUUGGUCAUGGUUCUGACCCCCUGCAGCCAAUUUUGUGUGGAGAGUGCAAAGGUGGGGGAAGCGAUAUUGAUCGAGUGAAAGUCUUUGCACAGGGCUUCAGUUGCCGUGACUUAUUAGGUGAAUCCCGCCCAAUUUAAUACUGAAGCUACAUAGGAUUUUAUUCAAACUUAACUUGUUAAGUGUGUGGCGCUGGGGUGAGCUCCUGUUGCUGGACUUACAGACUGUCAGAAGUCCUUUACCUUUAACUUGUUAAGCUAUGAAUGGCAAGAAAGUUAUUCCUUUCUUUUGUGAAGUCUGGAAGUCUGCAUAUGCUAACAAGAACCCACAGGCUUUUUUAAAAAAAGAUCCUUAGCAGUUUCAGCAGUCUCUUGUUGGCUUAUGAUUCAUGAUCCCUACAUAAAGUCAGAUUUUGAUAUGGAACAAUAUAGAACAGAGUAAGUUAUGUUUAGAAAAAUGGAAGAAUAUCAGACCAUCCUCUGUGUGUUUACUCGAAAGCAAGUCCUACUUAGUUUAAUGGGAUUUGCUCCUAAGUAAGUAUGCAUAGUUUUAGAACACAAGCUUUUUGUGACCAGAGACUAAACUUGCUGAAUGUCUUUCCUAAGCUGCUAAGCAAAUUGAUAACCUGAUAUUACUUUUUCAAGUAACUUUUGGAAGAGAUUCCAAACCCUCCAAACCUUUGCAUCAGAAGGUUCCAAUCAAUCAAGAUGUUUAGCUGUUGGUUAGUUCCAUCUUUUUCCCAACAGAUGGCAUUAGCAUAUAGCAAAGCAAAACACUUGAGUCAUUUAAGUAGGUCCGUUAACAGAUGGUACCAAUGAUGUCGUUAUAUUUUUCUCUUGCAGAGAGAUCUGCAUCAGGGUACUCUUGCUGGAAUAUUUGACUAGUCAAAUAAUAAACAUGGUUCUUUGAUCAGAAAAUAGCAGCUGAGUUGUCAGUUGAAAAUAGCAGCUGCCAUCUUCGGCUUUAACCCUGGACUGACUGAGAAAUAGACUGUUUACCAGAUUUUUGACAUUCCCAGUAUCUGUGAAUAUGCGACAUGUUGUAUAUAAUGUCUGAAGGCAAGUGAUAGCCUGAGAGUAUGCUUCUUUGCAAUGAAUGUCUGUGCCUUUCUUCUUACAUUCAUUGUAUUCAUGGGUUUCUCUCCCUACAGGGGAGGAAAAGAUAAAAACUUCUGGCAUUAUCAUGGUCUGAAUGCCCCAAGAGGUGACUUAGUCCUUCAUUCUAAUAAUGUAACCAUCCCAGAGCCUUCUGUAGGUUUCCCCCCCCACACACUUUAAAUAAACCUUGUGCUUUGUUGUGAACUUUUUGCAAUUUAGAAAUAAUAAAGCUCCCUUACAAUUCCAUUUCCCACUCUUACCUACAAAUUCCUCAGAUUAAAAUGAAUGAGCAAGGUAGAAAUAGGCAAAGGUGCAAGUGUAAGCAGGGUCUGAUGAGCCUAAAAAGCGAUGCCAAUAUAAUAGAUCUUAAACCAGCCAAAAAGUGCAUAGGAAAUAAAUGCACCACUGUGUAAGGAACUGUGGCCAUGUUGCAAUACGUUAAGGACCUUAGGAAGAGAGAAAAUAUAUAUAGGGGAAGGCGAGACGGGUAGUAGAAGAGCUGUUAGGCGUGUCCACAUCUCCUCCUUAAGGGGCACAGGCCUUUUCUUCCUAAGGUGUAUCAGAAGUUGUACUUUUAAGACUGGUGUUGCUAGUGGCACUUCAUAGUGCUUGCGUCUGUUUUGAGCCACAUAGACAGAUGCCCCUGCUGGUAAAAGAGACGCAGGUGUCGGUCAUCGGACACACGGAGGCAUAGUUGAUUUUUCAGUGCUGGACUUAACGGGAGUUAGGAACUGCUGGUAGUAAUUAAGUCUUUGUGGUUGUAAAAGUGCUUACCACCAAAUGAUAUGUGGUUAUGCACAUGAACAUCUGGUCACAGAUGCUUUCCCAAUGCACGGCAGCGCUUGUUAACAGAUGCUGCUAAUAGAUUGUGGUACUUGGUUGCACGAAUGACCUGAUGGAAAAUCACAGUAGUAGGAUACUAACUCCAGUAUAACUUCUGCCCAGAAAGGUCUGUGUGUAGCCUUUGUUUCAGCAGGCCCUGGGAGACAAGGGCUUGCUUAUCCUGUUUCACCUGCUUCCACUGAAUCCUGGAAAUGGCAAUGACUUCCUUUAUUUUGUGGGGACACACACACACACAAAACAAUUGACCUGUGGCAGUGUUUUUGAGAGACCUUUGGAAGGCUCUGGGGUUCUUGUUGGUUGGUCCAACCUCACAGCUGCCAACUGAUGUCAAUAAGCCUUCCCUAGAGAAAUUAGCCCAUUGCCGCUAUUUACGUUUUAAGGCUUCUCAGAGCAGGACAUUGGUUUGUUAUGCCCACAGUUGCCAGCAACUCCAAAGCUACAACUCAGAACAAAUAGCAGCUGUGAUUAAAGUUUAGCACCACUUGUUCCUGCGGAGUCAUGCAUUGUUUUCAAUAAAUGCUCAGGCAUUCAUGUCCUCUCUCUCCCCCUCCUUUCUCUGAGCUCCUUCCGCUUGCUUCCUCUACAAAUACGUCCAGAGAGGGAGCCAGCACAAUGCUUUCCGGGACAGGUAGCUAACAGGGUAAUUUAUGUUUGCGCUGUAAGUGGGUAGUACAGCCAGUAACACCUCUGCAGAGGAGUUCAAACUCCUGGAUCAACAGCAUGCUAACUUGUUUAACAUGAAUCUGGUAGGAGCUUGAGACAGAUCACUGUUCUGGAAUACGCCCAGAAAAUGUCACAACAGCAGGGCAUGUAGUCUUGUUCCCUUCCAUAAAUUGCUCUGGUUUCCUUUUCCAGGCAAGGAGGUGCUGCAACCGAGCCAUUUAGUAAACAGGUGGCUGCUCUAUGUCUUCUGCCAUAAACUGUGUGUGUGAAUAAAAUUGAACUCAUACGUCACAUUUUGGCUGACUGCUGUUCAGAGGCAGGGGAUCUCCCUUAACAGACUAGUGUGUGGCUGCAAACAUCCCAGGCAGCCUCUAGGUGCUAUGGGACAGCAAUAAGAAUGCAUGAAAUAAGAGUUGUAGGGUGGGGGGGUGGAGAGGAGGGGGUGGUGGAGAGUGCUUAUUAUUCACCCAGCGCUUUUAUUUCCUCCUUUCUAGUGUGGCAUCUUUCUGGGAGCUCUGCUGCUUAUUUUCUGCUCCUGGAUGACUCAUCAAUCCUGUAUGUUCCUAGUGAAAUCGGCCAAUCUCAGCAAACGCAGGACCUAUCCUGGACUAGGUGAGCAAGGUCUGCUGGGGGCAAGGGUGAUUUUAUGCCUUGCUUUUUACUCCCAUCUUCCUAAUUUACGGCACUCAUACUAUUGCAGCUGAAUUAUUCACAGUAUUCCAGGGUAGGCUUGUUUCUCUCCUCCUUUCUGUAAUAGCAGCUGGUAGCAGAAACGUUUAACUCUUCGAAGAUGACGCCAAACUGCUUUGACUGCACAAUCCAGGAAGAUAAUGGUGCAAACGUGUGCUCUUAAGGGAGAGAGCUGGCAUGACGGGUGUCUCUGGAAUAAGUUAUUGGUCUCUUCCCAAAAACCACUCACUUUCCCUGCCCAGCAUGCUGCCGAGGACAUUGGGUUCUGCCAGUAGAAAGCCUGGCAUGGACUGUGGGCUCCUUGGAUCGUGUGCUUGCGGCAGCACAACGGGGAGGUCAGGGGAAACAGUGUACAAAGUUCUAAGCAGCCAAGAAAACCGAAACAUCUGCAAGAUUCAUGUGUGGGUUUCUGGCAAGGCCCGCCAGCCCUCUUCCUCAUAGCUUGUCUGCUGUGCCUUGGCGCCAGGAUCUCCAUCUAUUUUUGACCUCUCCUCCGAUUCCCAAGGAUUUGGGUGGGGGAGGAGAUGCUCGAAGAAGGCUGAGGAUUUAAGCCUUUCUGAUUGGUAUGUGUCGUCUUGUUGGAAAACAAAGCUGGGUAGAAUAGCCCCUCUUGGGCUUUCUUAAAAGCGGCUGCUCUAGGAACAGAAACUCUGCCAUACCCCAUUCUAAGUUUGCCUCUUGCAGAGGUGGGAUUUGUCCCUCGGGGUGCCAGAGGUGAAAGACUCUCAUGGCAGGACAUGUUGUUUUCUGCCCUCCCACAGCCAUAACCCCAUCUUGCGUUUCCUGAGUUGCCUCUUGGGGAGUCAGAGUGGGGAAUUGGCUGGUCUCCCUGCCUGCAAAGGAUUUAAAGAAAUGUGCAGUCUCCUUAGUGACUGUUGACAGAUGGAUACCCUCAGUUCCUCUGUUGCCUGAGGCUCCUUCAUUUAGCUGCACAGCACAGCCACUGCAAAAUAUGUCUAUUGGUAACAACAGAAAUUAGAAAACUCGUGUAGUCCUGAAGGUUAAAGCCUUUCUACAAAAGAUAUGCUUUAUUAUAACUGCUCUCUCUCUCUAUCUCUCUUUUGGCAGGGUAGGGUUAAGGAGGCGAAAGGAACGGGGAGUCAGACAUAGCUCUUUCUCCCUCUCGCCAGAUGCCCGCAGUCCUUGAUUUCCCCCUUCUGGGUUACAAUAAGUCUUUGUACACUCCUCCUACUUUGCCUGAAUACAGAGAGUCCUCUUCACCUUGGAGUGUCUCCCAGGAAGAAGAGGUUCCCUUCCCUUUCAAAAAAAAAACAACAACCAAAAAACCUAAGCAGCUUAGAUACACAGAAGGGCUAGUAAAUGCUUCCAAACUUUUUGGCACACAAACAUUGCUGCGGAAAGAAAUGGCUUCCCUUUUCUGCCCGCCUUUGCCCUGGGAGAGAUGCCAUCAGCCCAGAGCAAGGGAGAGUGCCUGGGAAAAAGGCAUCCUCUGCCCCGGGGAAGGCUGGGCCACCGCCGCCACAGUCAUCCUAAUGCAUCAAGGUUGAGCAGCUACACACAGCAGCCUUUGUCGCUGGCUUUCUUCUACACCGGUCCAGCUGCAAGAGAUCCUGGCAGAGCCCAUGCCGAUUCUGUGGGAGGCUUUGGCAGCUUUGAGGGACGCAGGAAAGUUUUACAAAUCAACUUAAUCUAAGCAGUGUCUUCCGGAAGAGCAUUCAAAGCCUUGGCUACAAAAGCCAAAGUGGCAGAGGAACAAUAGGAAUAAACACCUCUAAAUGUUGUUUGGGAGCGAGAGACGGGGUGGGCGGAGGAACUCUAGAUGUCUGUCAAGUCCGGCAAAUCAAUAGCAUUUGUCUCUGAGAAACGAAGCAGCAAUGUUGUCGCUGUUUUUAAAUUAUAUACUGUUGUUUGUGGCUAUAAUUUUUCUCAGGCUUUGAUAGGAUCGUUUAAAGCAAAGGAGCUAAUGCUUUUCACUCAGAAUUGUUUAUUUUCUUGAUGUAGAUGGUAGAAGUAAUUCCACGGAAAGGACAUAAGCACGGUCUCACUUGGUCUCGUUGUGCCCCAUCUAUGUAGGCUUCAGGGAUGCUGGUGCUGGGAGGACAGCUCUUGGCUCUGCUGCCCCUCCACAAAAGGGAUUUGCUUUAUAUUUCAAUUUUAUUUAAAACCUUGUUUUAAAUUUGUAUUGAUAAUGAAUAAGCUUACUGUUCUCAAGUGUGCUCUGAAGCGUCUACAAACAAUACACACACACACACACACACACACUCACUCACUCACUCACACAGUCAUACCUUGGUUGACGAGUGCCUUGCAACUCGAAUGUUUUGGCUCCCAAACACUGCAGACCCAGAAGUGAGUGUUCCAGUUUGCGAACGUUUUUUGGAACCCGAAUGUCCAACGCGGCUCGUCUUGGUUUCCGAACAUUUUGGAAGUCGAACAGACUUCUGGAACGGAUUCCGUUCGACUUCCGAGGUACCACUGUAUAUAUAAAAGCUUUAUUACAUAUUGGGAAUAAUACUAUACAUGACUGUAGUAUUCCGUAUUCUGGUACACUCCUACCCCAAUAUUAUGUAGUAGUAAUAAAUUGGGAAAUACACUAAUAUCUGCUUGAUGCCUUUGAGUUAGGCGGGGUUAAAUAUUUAAAUACACAAGACUAUAGGUAAAAAUAUUUCAUCCACUGCUAUUCUCUAUUGGUUGUUGGGCUACUGAGACAUUACACAAGAAUUUGGAUAUCUGCAAAGUUUGCAAAGUUAAGAGAGGAGAUGUAAUCCCAACUCCUGAAGGAGGGUCCUGGGUGGACACUUGAUUGUUGUUCUAACUACUACAGGAUCUUGGCUGAAAGCCAUUUUGUCUACAUACUUAGUGUUUAUGAAGGUAUACUGGGUCUCACGUGUUCUCUGUAAGAAUGUUGUGUGCACUAUAAUGCUCUGGUUUCAUUUUCAUAAACAUUCAGAUAUGGAUGAGACCUGUGGUAGACGGAAGCUGAGGUCAGUUUGUUUGUCUUGCAAGCGCAUCUGACUGAAUUCCAUACAGAAAAAUAAUUCCCUCUGUGUAGAAAACUGGCAUAGAGCUAGCUAGAACCUUUACCCCUGAUGUUCUAGUUUUCUGCAUGAAGGGAAUAGUUUAUAUGGAAUUAUGGAAAAGCAUUCCAUCACUUGAGCCCUGUCCUUCAGCCAAGACCCAGAUUUAUUUAUUUUUCAUCUGUUUAAUUAGACUAGAGAGAGGGACUGGCUGUUCAUAAAUGGUUGACAUGCUCACUGUGGAAAGUGGAGAAUCUCCCAUUUGGAUCCUGACUGCAGUUUAGCUGCAUACUUAUAAAUACAUAUUUAUAGGUUUAAUUUAUCUGAUAUCUGUUUAAUAAUCUGUCUCAACAUAGGAAAUCUAAAACAUCUACUCAUUGCCUCAUUUUAGAACACCCAAAGACACUGAUAGUUUAAUAUCUUAGGCCUAUACCUCAGUCAUACAGGAACUGAUAUCAGUCUUGAAACAUUUCCGUAUAUAUCAUUAUAUAAAUUAGAGAGCUGGUUUGAUUUGGUAGAGAGAAUAUCUGGUCUUGGAUCUAGAGGGCCCAAAUCCAGAGUCUGGCUCUGCAAUGGAUUUAUUAAAUGCCCUUGGGCAAGUUACUUGUCUCAGCCUUCAUUCCUCAUUUGUAAGGUGAGAAUAAUGAUCUUUUUAUUGAGGAGGAGUGUAAUAAGGAUUGUCAAGUCCUUUGUAUUCUAAAGGACUGCAUAACAAUAAUAUAUAACGUAAUGAGGUUAUUUCUUUUUUAAAAAAUAUUUUUUAUUAGAUUUUCCAUCAAAAAAACAUUUUUACAAAGUUAUACAUCCAUUUUUAAUUUAAACCCUUUUUUCCAGAACUUCCCUCAGCUUGUCUGAUAAUUUUCCGGUUUUUUUUUAAUCUUCGUCUCACAUUUCCCAAUAUUAUAUUGCACUCAGAUACUCUUAAACACAUCAUAUUUUUUAAACAAUAUUUCUAACAGUAAUUUCACAGAGCUUCUUGAAAGCCAACAAACGUUAUUUGCUCAUCACAGAAAUUUUUGAUAUACCCUGUAAAUUUCUUCCAGUCCUCGGAGAAUCUCUGGUCACGUUGGUUCCUAAUUCUCCCCGUCAAUCUGUCCAUUUCUGCGUAUUCCAUUAGUUUCAUCCUCCAUUCUUCUUUCGUGGGCAUCUCUUCCUGUUUCCAUUUCUGUGCCAGCAAAAUUCUGGCUGCUGUUACUGCAUACAAAACUAAUUUCACAUCUUUUUUACUAAUUUCAUUAUCCAGUAUUCACAUUAAGAAAGCUUCUGGUUUUUUAACAAAAGUAUAUUUCAACAUUUUCUUUAACUCAUUAUAGAUCAUCUCCCAGAAGCUUUUUACCUUCUUACAUUCCCACCACAUAUGGUAAAAUGUUCCUUCUGUCUCCUUACACUUCCAACAUUUAUUACACACUUUAUACAUUUUACCCAAUUUUACUGGUGUUAUAUACCAUCUAUUAUAACGUAAUGAGGUUAUUUCGCUUUCCGCUAGCUUUCCCUUCGCUCCCAGGUGCACACCUUAAUUUUAACCCUAAUUAACUAGAAUCCACCUAAGAGGCCUAAUGCAAAAUCGCAAGACAGUUCUCUUCAAUGUCACUUUUCCUUCUACACGGGCACAAAAGUUCAGUGUUUGACAGAAUCCUUCUGUUUACAAAGCGCUCCGCUUUUCCACUGACUCAUUCUCCACCUCCCCCAACCCCCUACUGUUUGGGUUUGCUUUGCUAUGGGGGGGCGCUUUUUACACCUGUUGUCUUCUGACACUGAUGACAUGCCAGAUUAAAAUAUGAAAUGCUGAUGGUCCUGCCUGCGCAUAGAUGAAUGGGAUUCAUUUGCAAACUUAAAUUUUCAGCCUGCUUUAUUGCUUAAAGCUUAAGCCCAGGUAUCUAUUUUUCUUUUCCCGGCAAAAUAAGCCAUUUAUUCCCGUAUACCGGUGGGAAAGUGAGUUAUAAAUAACUCCUCCCACCAGUGGCCUUCUCAUGUAAGCAGUGCCUGUGGAAGAUCUCAGUGGCUCCUUCUGUAAAAGGGGUGUGCUGGAAACAAGAAACCUGUUUUCACAGAAGUAGCCACUGCAGUCUUGUCCAAGGAUGUCUGCACUCAGCAUGCAAAUGGACCGCUUUUGCAAGCAUUUCCCCCCCCCCCCCAUAUAUUGGUCAGCUCAGAUAGUGCUUGGACCAACUCUGAGUGAGCGUGACUUUUUCAAAACCCUCUGCUGAGUGAAUGACUGAGCCGGCAUUUUGAUCCAGUAUUCCUCAGUCCGUGUUUUGCAAUUGUUUCAAGGCCUGUUCUCUAAUGCUCGUCAAGCAAGAGUUCCUAUUGUGGGCUGCCUCUGCCAGUUCUUUGGCGGUAGUUGGGCACAAUUUCUUACCGGGAUUCUUAAGGGUAGCUCAGUCAGUAGAGCACAAGACUCUUAAUCUCAGGGUUGUGGGUUCGAGCCCCACGUUGGACAUAAGAUUCCUGCAUUGCAGGGGGCUGAACUAAAUUAUCCUUGGAGUCCCUUCCAACUCUGAUUCUGUAGGCAGAAAAGAAAAAAUCGCAAGCACUUUCCUCAGACCUGGCCAGAGGAUGUGGGCUGUGAAAUUAGAGCAGUUAACAGCAGCCCAAAGUAAAAAGGAGAAUACCUUGGUAACCAAACUUCCUGCUCUUAGAUCCAGGUAGUUGGAGCCAGCCAAGCAACCUGUCUCUUGUAGCUAGGUUGGGCUUGCUUCAAAGGGAGCUUUUGAAAGAAAUUUGAGGGAAUCAUUUCCCCCCUCCUUCCCCACCUCUGAGGUAUCUUGAGCCUGAAGGGGGUAGUUUCAUUCCGCAGUUGCUUGACUCAACAGAUGGAUCCCAAGUCUGUUGUUUAAUUGAUCCAUUUUAAUUGAAAAUCUGCUUUAAAAAUCAAUCAAUCAAUCAAUCAAUCAAUCAAUUUCUAAGGCGGCAUUAUCUUUGAGCCUUCCAUUGGAGAAGGAUACGCCCUUUCUGUUGUCCUUAUUCCCCUUUCUGUUGUCCUUAUCCCUUAUUUUAUUACGUCCUUGCGCUUGGGCAGCUGAUCCUUUUUUAUUUUCUUUUUUAUUUUUCUUUUUUCUUUGCUGUUUUUGUAUGUGCAGAUUUCACCAAGAAAACAUGCACAUUGUGCGAGCCGAGGGGCUGAAAGCCCUGUUGCCUUCUGUAAACAUUUCACAUGAAUGUGUGGCAUUAGUAAGAGGCCCAGGUUAAAAAAGGUUCUCUCCCUCAGAACCGGAGGUGGCAAUUUCCCUCUUAUCCCCAUAGUAAAACGCCUUUUGAAAAUACAAGCUGAGCUUUCCAGAGGAACGGUGAUUUCAAGGAUGCCGGUUGCUUUGUGCUGCGAGCGGUGACCAGUGUAUGAAAUGAAAAAGAAAUCUCUUGGUCAAAUCCCUUUGGUGUGGGUUGUGAAUCAUGGAUAUUCUCAGGGUGGCUGCACAUUCUGGGCACCAUCUCAAUCCUCCCGUCAGCGGCACAAAGUGGUUCAGUCAUAAUGGAGAAGGAAGGAAUAAAAAUGGGGACUUGAUUGAAAUUUUGCACUGCAGUAACUUUUUGCCACACAGUCUCUCAUGCUCACAUAUUUUCUUUUUCCGCUCCGACUUUCUUCUUCUAAUAGUUGCCAUGUGUAACUCCUAUUUAGUGCUGUUGAGUUUUUUUUGUGGGUGGAGGGGGGAGGGAGGGAAGAACCUGCUUUGAAUCUUCCCCCCAAAUUUGUUUUUAUGUGGCUUCUGAUUUGUGAAUGGUAUGCCAAGGCGUGGGGUGGGGGGCAGUCCCAGAGUGGCUGUGGGGUAGAAGAAAACUAACUCUGAAAUACAAAACUAGCAAAGCCCUGCCUCUUGAAUAGCCUCUGGUGGCUGUUGUUCCUUUAAAAAAAAAUGCCACGUUUUGAACAUAUGUUUGAAUAAUUGUGACGGUGAUGUGUGUGUUUUCCUCCCCCUUUUCUUUCUAGCCUUCCAUGCCUAUGGAAAACUUGGGAAAAUGCUUGUGGAAACCAGGUAACUUUCUUUUUUGCCCCACUCCCCUCUUCAAAAUUCCAGUCUUUGAAAUUAUCUAUAUAUAGUUUAAAUUAAAAGUUCUGAUCCCUUCAAACCUGGUGUUCCAUUUAUUGUUUUGGACCUUUGGGUUUUUUUCUGGUUCUCUUGGCUAAUUCCAGCCUCUCUCUUAGGGAACUUGACAGUAUUUGCUCAUAUUGGUCCGACCUGUAGGGCAGGGGUGAAGAAUCCUCUUCCCCUCCAGAUGUUAGCUGAACUUCCAAUUCCCAUCAUCCCUGAAAAUUGGCCAGGCUGGCUGAGGCUGGUGGGAAUCGGGAGCCCAACAGCUGGAGGGCCACAAAUGUCCCACCACUCUACCUGGGAUGGGCAUUUCUAAGCACAGAUUUCUCUUCUCAAACAUCUUCCCAGAAUUCUGGAUUCUCCGUCAAUAGGUACUCAUUGCUUAAGAUCCGGAUGAAUGCCAUAAUUAUUUAGGCAGAAAAGUGGGGAGGGUGUUGUGUACAUUUUAAGCUUUGAACAAAACGCUGCAGUGCUCCUGUUGGGUAAAAGUAAUUUAAACCCAUCUGAAUACGCAAUUGGCCAUUUCAACAACAACAUGGUAUGUAUACAGCUGUUUCCUCGCAUUAUUGUGGGCGAGACCCUACAGAAUUAGAAGUAUCCGUUAUAAUUUUGCUUCCAACUCCCGCAGAUUUUAUUAGUUAAGGUGGCUGGAGUAAAUGGCUUGGUGUUGCAGUCCCAGCAUUUUCAAGCUGGAGGUGAUGGGGUCCAUUUGCUUUGUUAGGAGGGUUGGGCUGCUCACCCCAUUACGAAUCACAUACGAUGACUUGGCUUUUCACACAGGGGAGAGCUGCUCAACUCUCCGGCUUUGGUCUGUGCAGAGACUUGUCCAUUAUUCAGUAGUCAUGGCUUUUUAUCCUGCCUGUGAUUGUAUCCCCUCGGUAGAGCCAGGAUGUCACUAGAUCAUAUUAGCAAAUUAGCUAACAAUAGUAAUGACACGAUGCUGCUGUCAUUGUUCAGAGGUCUUUGCUGCAUCUAACCAAAACUUUUCUCCUAUAAAGAUAGAUGUUGCUCCACUACAUUUUUAGCCUUGGUUUGCCCCAGAGUUUAAGCUGUGGAAGAGAAACCUAGGGAAGCCUUCUGACUUGUCUUCUCCUGCAACUGUGGACGUGUGUCCCUAACGCAGUAAAAAGAGGGGCUCUGCAGAUAGAUCAGGCUGUAAUUUGAGCGCUAGUGGCAUCACCAAGUUGCUUUUUAUGAUGGAGGUUCUCAAAGUGGGAAUCCGUUGGCGUGCUGGACAGUCAUGUGAUCCUGGCUGUCUUCCUUAUUCCCAGCUGCUAAACUGCUUUGAGAGGUGACUAAAAAUAUUCUCAGCGCUUCGUUUGCCAUUGCUUUUCUAUGUGAGCAAUCUCUGUAAUUGCUGUGGGGAUGUUAUACGAUCGGAAAUGGGAGGGGAAGUGGUCCGUGCCGCUGAGAAAGGGAACAGGGCAUGGGUUCCCAGGAUGAUCACUUAAUUAAAACACCCAACCUCCUCAGGAAGGGGGUGAAGCCCAGCCCACUCUGUGGAGAGUGGGGCUUCUAGCGUCCCCGACUGUGUGUGAUGCUACACUCGCUCACGCCCUCUGAAAGUGUGUAAGUGAAUAAUAGCUCCUUUUAAAGCACAUUCCCAAAGUAGAGGUUCCAUUCCUGGCUCUGGAAAGGCAGUUAAAUUAACAUGCCUGCACCUGGAGGCUUUAACCUCCUCGAGUUGUAUCGCUGCUAAGGUGUCUCCUUUAUUAGUGUCUCAUAAAGCCGACGCCCCGCACCUCCACUAUGGCCCUUCCCGUAGCCUGACAUUAUUUCGUAAAACAGUUGCGUGACAUGAAAGCAGCUGCACAAAAGAAAAGCGUGCAUGCUUUUUGAAAUGUCGACCUGCAAAUUCUCCAUUCUCUUCCGGUGGAGAAAAGUUUGCCAUUAUGCACAAAGUGUGAAAUGGGACUGUUCGGGCUUCACCUGCACUACUAAUCAAAAUGUGCCACGUGAGACUGGAUUUAGGAAGCGUUUAAUUUGGAGCUUAUGAAAAGUUAGGGAAGCAGCUUUGGCAAUGUGCUCUAGACCAUGUGGCUUACAUGUAAGAUCCUCUGUGACUUUCUUGGGUUCUUUAGAGCAAUACUCACCAUUAGGAUCAUGCUAUAUGUGCAGGUAGGUCUGUUUUUACUACGUAGACUGCUAGCAGUAAUGUCAGUGCAUUCCGAAACAUGGCACUAUUAUGGCUCACUAAUAAAUUUGGCCCAUCUGGAGUCCCAUCGUGUCUCAGCGGCUGCUUGUUUCACUUUACAGGCCUAGUUCCCCCCUAGGCUGCCUUUCUUAGACUGCGCCUCUGGUGAUAGCAGAUGUGGACGUCUUCGUUUGGAUUAGAAGUUGGUGUCAACCAUAUUUCUGUCGUUUUGUGUUUGCUCACUGCCUGCGUUAAGGAGCAUGAAGCUCAGGCACCUGAUAUACAGAAUCAAUGCUUCUCCUGAAGCUGUCCUUUUAGUGAGGUGGUGGGAAAUUCACAGCAAAGGUGUCUAGGGCAUCAGUAGUGGAUGAUGUUACUGUUCACAGUGUUUGAGUGCUGAUCACAUCUGGAAUGCAGCCGUUAGCACAUACCUGGCAUGUAAUAAGGGCUGCAUUCCAAGGGAACACUCUGCUUUGGAGUGACCUGCCCAUUUUUGUGCUCUUGCAGUAUGAUUGGACUGAUGCUAGGAACCUGCAUCGCUUUCUACGUUGUUAUUGGAGACUUGGGAUCCAACUUCUUUGCCCGGUUGUUCGGGCUCCAGGUAAGCUUGCUUCAUAUUGACCUUAUCACCAGCAAUUCAGAACAUUUCCCCUUUCCUGUUGUUCUGCGUACGUUUUUGCUUUUGAAUGCGUCCUGCCUGAACAGUAUUGUUGUGAUGCAUCCAAGCAUCUCUCCAGCCUGCUGUUUUCAAAGUUAGUAGCAAGCGCUGAAGCCACAUAGCACUUUGUCCCAUAACAGCCUGAUCCAAGGCAAACUUAACUCCCACAUAUAAGUCCAAGGGUCAGCCCCAAAUGGAUAUUCUGCAAGUGUUCGGUUUCCUGCGUGUUUCCUUUAGUUCAGUAGUAAGACUAUCUCUUUCUGUUUAUAUAGUAGCUACACUUAUGUUCAGAUCCAGAAACAUUUAUUGCAUUAGUCCAUGGACUCCAGUAGAAUGGACUUAGGUGUUUGCACCCACCCAUCCCCAUUGUUGUACUGUUUUGAUUUUCUCAUCUUGUUUGUGAAGUGUUUUGACUUGGUAGUGAUGUGAAGCAAGACUAGGCAGAGCUGGACCUGUUACACUGAUGCUGUCAACAAAAAACCAGGAGAUAGCAAUGCUAAAGGACCGUAGGGGAAGUCUGUGGCAGACCUGGAGGAUCUAGCACUUUGGAGAACUGAACAAUACUUCAGGGCUAUAGUAUAAGCCUUAGGAUGUACCCGGUUGGUUUGUUAAUCUCAAAGCUCCAAAAAGGGAUACACAACUGGAUUGUGAAUUCCCUGGCAAACCGGGUCAAGAAAGUGCAAGCACUGAUGGCAUAUCUGCUGUUUGCCUUUUCAACAGAGGAACAGUUGAAUUCCCCUUGGGGAAAUAGGGACCAGAGAACAAUCCCUAGGGGCAGGGGCAGGCCAGAAAAGCUAAAUGGACAUUCAGUAGUGUUUUGGCACGGUUUUUAUCUGCUCCGGCCUGAUGUAGUUAAGCUCUGAUUAAGGAGCCGAGAAGUUUAAAAGAUGCGUCAUAAGCAAAGCCAAAUUAGGUAUUAAAUAUUUCUAGGCAUUUCCAAACCUCCCGCUACAAUAAAUACCAAAAAGCUGCCGGUUAAUUUUCUGGGUCAGAAUUUCCAAUACUUCCAUCUCUUCCUUCAUUUCCACACCCCCCCUUCCCCUUUCUGCAGCAAGGUUAGUUUUCAUUUUAUUUGCUGGAAGUACAUAAAAGAUAUUCAAAUAGGUUGCGUUCGGAUUACCAUUUAAAACAGCCAACAAGCUUUCGCUUUUAAAACGGGGCUCGCUAAGAGCUUCGUAGAGCAACAGUGGCACCAAGUGACUAUGUAAGUUAAUCACAGAACGCCCUGUGGGAAGCGGCUUUUCCUAGCAAGCCGGCGUUUCCUUGCCUUUCCUUUGCUUUCGGAGUGAAUCUUAAUCUUGGUGUAUUGUGGGUGGGGAAGGCAUUCAGUCUUGCUGUGUCUUAUAUUGUUUGUGUAUAUGUUGUGUUUAUGUAUGCAUGGUUUAUAUAUAAUUUGCUGGGCAGCUGCCCCAUUCCCCUAGAGAUCAUUUGGAUGUUCUCAUUGCAACUCUUCCUCCUCUUCCAGGUGAGCGGCUGGUUCCGGAUUGUCCUGCUCUUCAUCAUCUCCCUCUGCAUCGUGCUCCCGCUGAGUCUCCAGAGGAACAUGAUGGCUUCCAUACAGUCCUUCAGUGCCAUGGCUCUGAUCUUCUACACGGUGUUUAUGUUUGUGGUCAGUAUUAAUGACUGGGAGGCUUUUGUUUUCCUCCGUGGCUGGUGGUUAAUUCAUCUUAGGGAAACCGCAAUACAAAUUUCAAGUUCCACGGUGUCCCAAGCUUUCCUCGUGGGUGGGCUCUCGGAGGACAUUCAAAUGGAUGCCAGGUCUGCCUGUUGGCAGGAGCUCAUAGGCUCGGGGUUUCAAUUUGAAAGGCUUUCUGUAUUUAAUGUUACUGGCACUGCUGGGUAGAGGGCGACCAUUACCCGUAACAGAGAGGCCGCUUGCUGUCCUAUGUGGCCACAGACUUGGGAAUGUGUCUUCUAUAUACUACUUAAUGCUACACAUUUUUCCAGGGAGAUCAUGCCACGUCCCCAGCUUCUAGCGAUUCAGCACAUUUUAUAUACCACAGUGCACUAUGGGCUCUUAGGCCACACAGAUUGCAGAAGAAUCCCUUGAUUAAUUUCCUCGCUUUCUCUCACAGAGUGUAUAUUAUCAGGGUUCGCUUGUUGAGGGUUUGGCAGGCCCUCAUGCCCUGAGCCAGUUGUCAAAUUCUCCUGAAACAAGCAUUCUGCCUCGGCCUCUAUACCCACCUCACAUCUAAUGGCGGUCCUAGGUUUUUCUCACUUCCCCCCACAAACUUUCCAGCCACAGUGCUUCUAUUUGGGAGAUAAAAACAUGUCUUCUUAGGCCACAUUCUAGAAAUAGCAUAUAAAGUUGUGCAAACUCUUUAAGAUGCUGAAUGAAAGCGGCUAGUUUGGUGGCGAGGUGGGGAGCUUGUGGCCCUCUAGAUGUUGCUGGACUCAAGCUUCCAUCAUUCUCAACCACUGGCCAAACCGGAGGCCACUGGUCCCCCACCCCUGGGAUACUUGGUAGCAUGUAAAAAAGCUGGUGAUGUUCAUGUAAAGAUGCAAAAAUAUUCCUGAACUGUUGCAAUGAACAUAAUGCAUACACCAUGGGUAGGCAAACUAAGGCCCAGGGGCCGGAUCUGGCCCAAUCACCUUCUAAAUCUGGCCCGCGGACGGUCCAUGUUUUUGCAUGAGUAGAAUGUGUCCUUUUAUUUAAAAUGCGUCUCUGGGUUAUUUGUGGGGCCUGCCUGGUGUUUUUACAUGAGCAGAAUGUGUCCUUUUAUUUAAAAUGCAUCUCUGGGUUAUUUGUGGGGCCUGCCUGGUGUUUUUACAUGAGCAGAAUGUGUCCUUUUAUUUAAAAUGCAUCUCUGGGUUAUUUGUGGGGCCUGCCUGGUGUUUUUACAUGAGCAGAAUGUGUCCUUUUAUUUAAAAUGCAUCUCUGGGUUAUUUGUGGGGCCUGCCUGGUGUUUUUACAUGAGCAGAAUGUGUCCUUUUAUUUAAAAUGCAUCUCUGGGUUAUUUGUGGGGCCUGCCUGAUGUUUUAUACAUGAGCAGAAUGUGUCCUUUUAUUUAAAAUGCAUCUCUGGGUUAUUUGUGGGGCCUGCCUGGUGUUUUUUACAUUUAUUCCCCCCCCCCAAAAAAAAUAGUCCAGCCCACCACAAGGUCUGAGGGACAGUGGACCGGCCCCCUGCUGAAAAAGUUUGCUGACCCCUAGCAUACACCAGUGCUACUUCACAUGGUGCUUUACAAAGUUUCGUAAGUGUGCAUGCAUGAGUGUGUAUUUAUCUCUAUUUACACACAUAUAUCUCACACACAUACGGAGAGAGGUCCCUGCCUUCAUGGAGUUUACCUUCUGAAACCGUGAAGAAAGACAACCAAAGCAGAGAGAGAGGCCAGGAUAACAAGGGGUAAAUGUGACAAAUACAGAUUGUACAUACUUAAAUUUGGAACUGGAAAUGAGGACUAAAGGGGUUAAACAAAAGCCCUUAUAGAAAAGAACCAUUCCGAAGGAGUUCCACACACAGAGAGGGACAGCUAAGGAGAAUAGAUGAGUCGUGUUAGAGAGCAGAAGAUGUUUUGGAGGCUGAGGAUGAUAGAGCUGGAGGAGCUGAAGAUUACAAGAAGGGUAGGGCAGGAAAGGGGAUCCAAAAGAUACCAUGGGACAAAGCCUCAGAGAACUUUGAAGGUGAGGCCAGGAGUUUGUCCUGAAUAUGGGAAAGGGAUGGGAUGUCAGUGAAAAGUUUGAGUAGCGUACAAAGCAUCCGUUUGAUGGCAGAAUCGGUGGAGAGUAAGCCUCAGUUCUCUUGCCACCCUUUCUGUGUGUAGUAGACCAGUAUAAAGUAAGCAGCACAUAAGUGGCACACAAAACACUAAAAAACCAUUCUACGUUCUAAAUCUUAUAUUAAUAAUCCCAAAAUUGAGAGAGCUAUGUACAAGAUCCACUACAGAAGCCAGAAACAGAAAACUUAUUAAAAUUGUGUCCAAAAGGAAGAUUCAGUCUUUAAAGCUUCCUUUAGCCAGGCUCCUGUAGAUAUUCACAAAGGUAAGUUGGAUCAAACGGUGAGUUCGGUGAUGCUACGCACAAGAGUUAGACAGAGUGCCAGCGUUUGUCACCUGUUUCGCCCAUGAAGAGUCUUGGGCUUCUUCAGUAAAUUCUCUCUCACGGUUUUGAUAUAUUUAUAAUCGAAUUUAUAAACGAAGUCCAUAUGUUACAUUUCUUCUUAGAUUAAGCUAUAAUAUUUAAUUUCUUUCUUCAGGAAAUUCUCCCUCAAGAUUUUGGUAUAUUUACAUACAUUCAACCUCGUAUUCUAAGUUCUUACUUGACUUAAGCAAUUACUAAUUUACUAAGCAACCCUUUCUAUGUGUGGCACACUGUUAAUGUGUGGAACCUUAUGAGAACUGUAGUUUGGUCACUCACCUUGUGGGGAGGGGAGGGCAAGGCCUAAGGAGAUGGGACACAGCGCAAGGCCUCACCCAGGAAGGAGGCUCACACUCGCAACCAAACGGGAUCCCUGGCCCCUUAAUCGUUUUCACGGCGCUCGUCUGGUUGUUGCAAUCUGGCUUGCCAGACGUUGGUUUGGGUUUGGCGUCUCUGUUGUCUAGAUUGUAACCUCUCUUUUCUUUUCCUUGGCUGCAGAUCGUGCUCUCCGCUUUCAAGCACGGCCUCUUUGGCGGGCAGUGGCUGCAGCGGGUCAGUUACGCACGCUGGGAGGGCAUUUUUCGCUGCAUUCCUAUCUUUGGCAUGUCUUUCGCCUGUCAGUCGUAAGUACCAGCAACUUCAGCUGCUUAGAGAUUGCAGGGUGGAACGAGUUUUGUUUAAGGGCAAAGGGUCAGGGUGGCCUGUACGGGAUAGAUACCAUCUGGUCCCCUCGUCUUCAUUUUAAUCAAAAUAUUUUACAGCCCACUGAGGUACAGCAUCUGACUGGGUUGUGACCCUUUUGUUACCUAGCUGGGAGAAGGGGUUAUAUUUCACUCUGGAGUCAUUGUGCUUAAGAAGCUUCUUGUUCGUAGGAGGCAAAUACAUCCCCAGUGUAAUUUUCCGUUGGCUGUCAUGUCUCUUUACUAAGGAUGCUACUGACCCCCGUUCUAGAUAGGUAACGAGAACUUAAGCGGACAUAAUUACACCACAGUAGGGCCACCGAAGCCCGCCUAAAAUGAUUUGCGCGUGUGUCUUCAUUAGGCAUCACAACAAUUUCAGCUAAGAAUAUUUAAGUAAACAGAAACAGAUCUUGGGUCAAGUUGACAUUGCUGAUUAUAGGAUUCCUGUUGCCCGCUUGGGCUGUGGGCAGGGCUCUGCGCAUUCUGUUUGUGCAAUACACAAAACAAAGGCUAACCCAGAGUUUGGCUUAAGGCUCUUGGCUUUUAUUAAAACAGCAGCAGCAACAUGUUUUAAACCUCUUGCUUUGAGAGAAGAGGGUGGAGACCUUGAGUCACUGACAUCUGAAGGCUCAGAAACCUCAAUAGUCCAAAUGGGAUCUCUGUUACGUAAUGCAACCCCCUCCUGUGGCUUUCCCUGGGCCCCGUAUUCUGUUUCUUCCUGACUGCAAACUCCUUCUCUCCUCUCAUGCCUCCCUCCCUCCCUCUCUUUCCACCCCUCUUUUCUUUCUGCUGCGUAUCUCAAAGCCCCAAAUCUGUCAAUAAAAGUUAAUCAUGGAAGCAAAUGCUGAGCAUUGGCACAAUCUAUCCUGGAUGGAAAACUUGUGGGGUUUUUUGGUGUAGCACAUGCAUAUCCUUAGUUGUGGGGGUUUGUUGUUGUUGUGACAGAUGGAAGCUUUCAUCCACAGAUGAGUCCCAUUUACAUUCUGAUAGCAUUGUCCUCGCCACCCUCUGAUUUGUGGCUUCUCUGAAAAGUGACCCAGCUGAAAACAUAGGUGUAUGUUCAGCUGGGGACCUGGGAUGGGCAGUUAGCAUUAGUUUGGCACGGCUGGGCUCUUCACCUUUCCCCCCUGCUUAUUAUGUCUCUCAGCUAGAACAUGCCUCACUCAGUUUUAAGUGUCUCUGCUAUAAUUGGUGACAGAAGGGUUGAUUCAUUCUUUUGUAGCUGUACCUAGUUACCACAGCAGGCUUUUCAAAAAUCCAAAAUUGUCCUCGUUUUUUCUUGUGGCGACCAUUCAGUAACCAACCUUCAUUUGUUGGGAGUUGGAAACACAGGAAAAUUAUACGUUCUGGACUAGUAUAUUCACAUAUCUAUCUAAAUAUAGAUUGCUACACCACCAGUGUGGCAAGCCAAACCGAAAGCUUAAACCUAUAAUUUUCCCCAAGGGCAAGAAUAACACACACUUCUUGGCCCGUAUGAUGUCACAUGCGGAUGAAUCCCAGAGUAGACAGGCUUGCAGUCAUUGACCUCUCAAUUCACACUUCCCCCCUCCUUUUUUUUUUUUUUUUUUAAGUGACAAGCAUAAGACCUGAGUUCCUUCCCUCUAGAGGCGAAAAAGUAACAUGCAUCGGAAUGCUGGUUGCUAUGGCUUGCACAAGCCUACUUUCCUUGUGGUGUUGGCUCUUUCUGGCAUUGAGGCUUGUCAUUGCCAAAUUCAAAGAGAAACGUCUUUGCCCCCCGCGAGCGUGCCAUAUGGUCUAACAGAUUGUGCAUGGGGCAGGGAGCCAGGAAGCAUAGAAAUGUAAUAUUAGCUCUGCUACAGCCUUCCUAUGUUGACCUUAGGCUAGUCUCCCCAUCACAACAGCUUGUUUGUAAUGUGAACAAUGGUGCUGUAACCUUUGAGGCAGGGAUUUCACACAGAAGCAUGGUGGAUCCUUGAGUGAACGUCCCAACCCAGGUGGCCGGCACUAUUUUUGGGGGUGAGUCUAACACCACUGUCUUUCCUGGUGCAAUGGAAGCCAGCACUGUAAGGAAAGGCGAAUCAACCUUAUUUCUACUCUCACUUUGACGAGUGUUCACCCAUAAAUCCGUUCUUCUGUUUCCUCAUUAAUCGGUAAGGCAAAAGAAAAAACAACUGCACAAAAACAUGCAUUUAAAUACAGUGGUAUCUCGGAAGUUGAAUGGAAUCCAUUCUGGAAGUCCGUUUGACUUCCAAAAUGUUCGGAAACCAAGGCGCGGCUUCUUAUUGGCUGCAGGAAGCUCCUGUGGGCAAUCGGAACCUGCGGCAGAUGUUCGGGUUCCAAAAAACAUUUGCAAACCGGAACACUGACUUCUGGGUUUGCGGCAUUUGGGAGCCAAAAUGUUUGACUUACAAGGUGUUCAAGACCCAAGGUACGACUGUAUGUAUUUCAAUACGCGGUUUAAAGUGAUAUUCUCUCAAAAAUAUGCAUUUUGAAGCAUUGGUUCAGCCAAGAACUAUGUCAGAACACCCAGGAAACGUGAAAUCUGGUGUAUGAGUUCUGAUCUGCUGAAGUCCAGGGGAUGUUAGUCAGUUCACACUGGAAUUUGCAAAUGCCAGAUUCCUCAAGCAUUCCUAUGUAGCAUAAUGGGUGCUGUGUAUUUUUAAACGUUUGCUUAUGAAAGACUCUGAACACCCAUCUUGACGUUGACCACACUAUGCUUCCUUUUCCCUUCCCCAAUAUGCAGGGCACGUCCCCAUUUCCAGCCGAGUAGACUGGUGGAUGGCCAUCCAUCCUCUGUAAGAUGAAAUGAGACUCAGAUACCCUAACUGUGAUCAAAUACUCCAGCUGCUUGGCCCCUGAGGCCUCUUUUAUUUUGCAGGAUUGGGCCCUUUUCUCUGAGCUGUGUCGCUUGCUGUCCGUAAUGAAACCCCCCCCCCCAAUGCUGCAAACGCACCCUUUCUGUUUUCUACAUGCAAGGGAUUUCCCCCCCCCCCCUUUUUUUUGGGUAUGGCAGAGAUGAAAAUCUGUUAACAAAAGAAACAGCUCUCUCUUCAUCAAGAAGGAGCUGCUAUUUCCCUGUAUCAGGUUCUGAAGCUUCUUGUUUGUGUUCUUUCUCUCCUUGUGUUCAUCUUGGGAAUAGAGAGAUAAAUGUAAAGGGCAUUUGGUCUAAAUAUCUUCCUUCCGUCUACCCCGAGGAGUGGCGUUUAUGUGAUUGCAAGUGAUGUGAAGAAACCUAAGCCUGUAGCAUACAAAGUGUUUUGUCAGACAAAGGCUUCUUUGCCCUGAAUGCCUCGAUCCUGGCCUGGCCCUCAGGGUGGGCAUUUUACCUCAGAAAUAAACUCCGCACACAUUUAGGGUAUGCUGCUUGUCGUGUGUGCUGGAGUCCCGAGAGUCAGGGAGGCUUGGUGUGUGACGUGCCUUGCUGGUUUAGAGGACUUUUUACAGCUAUAUCUGGAAAGCCAAAAUGUCUUGGGGAUGGUUCAUGAAGCAGAGGCAGUAAAUGACUUUUGAUCCUUCUGACUCCAGAAUUACUCCCUUAAAAUAUAUAAGAUUUUCAGCUCUAGGUGAGACCAAAAGUCCCUUUUAGUUCAGCAUUUUGUCAACCAGACAGUAGCCUCUGGAGAGUUCGUAUGCAGGGCGAGGUGGUGCUGUUUGUUCUGCAGUACUGAGUAAUUGUUCUCCAGUACUGAGUGAUCGUAAGGUAUGUUGCGUCUGGAUACAGACGUUCAAUUUUUGCCCAUUGCUACAUUGCUUGUACUUCAUAGAAUGCUUCCCUACUUCCUGUUGAGCCUCGGAUCCAAACUAGAUGUGACAAGGGAGAUCCAUGAACAAGACCUCUUGGGUGUUUUUGUUUGUUUGUUUUUAAUUAAUAGCAUUCAUGGAGGACAGGUAUUUGAAUAGGGGUCAUGUUGCUGGUGACGAGUGCUUAUGAACCAAGCACUCCCAAACUCGGCCCUCCAGAUGUUUUGGGACUACAAUUCCCAUCAUCCCUGACCACUGGUCCUAUUGGCUAGGGAUGAUGGGAGUUGUAGUCCCAAAACAUCUGGAGGGCCGAGUUUGGGGGUGCCUGUUAUAAACCUUUCAGUCUCUGCUCUUUUUUGCCAACUAAAAUCCACCCUCCAUUCCCCAUAGUGCCACCAUUUGUAGCAAUGAGCAAAGAGCAAAGAGCAUUGAGAGGCACAGUUUUGUUUUGUUUUUAAUAAAAAAUAUUGAAUUUUGCAUUUUAAUCUUACUGCAACAUGUCCAAUCAUCAAAAUUCCCCCACUUCCCUCAACUUCCUCUUCUGGUCCCAUCCCCCCAUAUUAACUCCCCCUGCUUGCUUUCAUAUAUCUUCAUAUGGUAUCUCUAUAUAAAUUGUUAUUGUCUCUUAUCCUUCUAUUCUCAUCUUUAUAGUUUUUAUACUUAUUUUUUGUUAAUUGUAACUGUUUACUCAAACCCUGCUAGUGAGUUCAAAUCUUUACAUUGUUUCUGUUGUAUUUACAGAAACAAAGCAAAGAGCAUUGGGAGGCACAGUUUUAAUUGGAAAUUACAUUAAUUGGAAAGGUUCAAACUCCCACCUCCCACCCCUUCAGUGCCAUGGUCCUGAAUCGAAUCAGCAGGGCCUGUGGUUGCUGUUGACAUCACCUGUUCUUUGGAUCUCAGUUUGUUGGGAAUGGCAAGGCAGAAGAUGCCGCUUACAAGUGGCUUCUUGUUGGAGAUCGCAAGAACUUCCCUAAGGUUGGAUUUUCACAUGCAACUAACACACCUAACAUUGGAGUUCCCCCCUACCUUUGCUGUGCUAUUCCCCACUCAAUAUACAAGCAUAUGUUCAGGGUUGGUUGUAUUGACAAGCAACAUUUGCAUUGUAUAUAACAGUGGUGGUAAUAAAGGUACCCAGAUAGAUAGCAUGACGUUGCCGUUUUCGUAAAUACUUAAAUAGCACUGAACUGUCCAGUCCUCUGAAUGAUGGAGAGCUAAAAAAAUAGAUAAAUCAGCUGCUAAGCAGAGCUAAGGAUUUCCACACCACCACCCUACUUUCUUGCAUGGUAGUUUUCAUAAGUGCUUCUAUCCUAAAUGACCUUCCUAUCUACUUACCCUCUCAAGGUGUCCCUGUGUGUUCAAGAGCAUGUGGUCAAGUCAGGCCCAUGCAUCCUCUGGCUGCUGCAAUAAGCUGUACACCUGAUGUUAGGAAAAAGCUUUUCCAUGUGCAUAAGCACCCAAGCCCCAUGUAAUUGGCCCUUCCGCUUUUCUGUGAGUUGAGCUCAAGCAUCAGUGCUGAAAUACGACAGGCGCAGUGUUUAGUCUUGGUUGUUUAACUUUUCUCUUUGACAAUAUGAUGCUCUAGCUCUCUUCCUGCUCGUUAUUCUGUAAACACCGCAUUGCUUUAAUUAUCAGCUCGGGAUGCUCCAAGAACAAUAAUCUGCAGUGUGCUGUCUGGAGCUCUGCCACUGGUGUCUGAGGCAAACAAGCGGUCAUUCACGUUGCGACAUUUUUAUUUUUAAAAUAUGUGAAAUAUUUACAUUGCACAUGUGGCAAUGGCAGGCAGGGAGGGAGGGAGCAGGAAUAUACGGGCACCACUUAAACUUGUGAGUGUUCAGAAACCUCUUGGCGUAAACUGCAGUAGAGAGGCAAGUGCCUGAAUUCCAUGUGGGGAAGGUGUCAGCAAGCACACUCUACUGGCAAGGGAGAAUUUCCUGACAUGUUUUAACAUUUCCCUGCUUUUCUGCAGCCAGGUCUUGCCAACCUACGACAGUCUGGAUGAGCCGUCGGUUAAAAUCAUGAGUUCCAUCUUUGCCUCGUCGCUAAACGUGGUCACUACCUUUUAUAUUACGGUAAGAAACCUUUAAAAACAACAACAACAACUACCCCUCUUUGCUCCAUCUCCUUCCCAAAGUAAAAAAUAUUCCUCUGAGCAUGUUUUGUAGAAGUGUAGAAACAACUGUGGGGACAUUUUCUGCCACGUGCAAUGGACAUUCUCUGGGGACAUUUCCAGAGCAGCAGAGACAGCACUUGGAGUGUGUGGGGAAAAAACCCCUUACUCUUAUUGAACAGUUAGAAAGAUAUAGUUUAAACAUGAUCCAUACCUACCAGAGAUGCUUCUACAGGUACUAGAAAUACUGGGACUGACAAGAGUAGAACUUGUUUCAUCAGUAUCCUGAGAUCAGGAUGAGCAUUACAUAUCUUCCUCAUUUGCCCUUUGCUGCUCUCAGCGUUAGGGCUGGUACAUGCCUGUGAAGGGGCGGGAGGAAGAAGUGGUGAUGUGUUCAUCACAAGUUAGUCAUGGAUGGAGAGAUGGAGUGAUACCUUGAUCUGACAUCAGCACAGCUGAGAGAGAAUUGGCUCUGUGUACAACUUGGGGUGGGGACAUGGGUUAAACCACAGAGCCUAGGACUUGCCGAUCAGAAGGUUGGCAGUUCAAAUCCCCACGACGGGGUGAGCUCCCGUUGCUCGGUCCCUGCUUCUGCCAACCUAGCAGUUUGAAAGCAUGUCAAACUGCAAGUAGAUAAAUAGGUACCGCUCUGGUAGGAAGGUAAACGGCGUUUCCGUGCGCUGCUCUGGUUCGCCAGAAGCGGCUUAGUCAUGCUGGCCACAUGACCCGGAAGCUGUAUGCCGGCUCCCUCGGCCGGUAAAGCGAGAUGAGCGCCCACAACCCCAGAGUCAGUCAUGACUGGACCUAAUGGUCAGGGGUCCCUUUACCUUUAUAAUAAUAAUAGAGAACCCCUUUUGGACUUUUUGUGUGAAAAGAAAAUGAAUUGAUUUCAGACAUUUGGGUCUCAAGAUUGAGAAAAUAUUGCUUAACAGAAAGUAGAACAGUUGGAUAUUAUCCUAGAGUGAAUGUUUCAAAUAAUUUAUUUUAUUUAACUGACAGACAGAAAAUCAGAAGUUAGUUCACUCAUUCAUUCAUUCCUUCUUUCCUUCUAUUCUUUCCAUUUUUUUUUAUCUUCCUUCUCUUUCUCCCCUUUUGUUUUCCUUUGUUGUCCUCUGCUCUGGGCUGUUAUUGGGUCCAAGGAUUACACACACAUGAAAGUGGUGGAUUUAUGGAAGGAUCCUGAGUGAGAGACAGGGAAGGGAGAGACUGGGAGAAGAAAGCAAAGCUCCCAGGUGAGAGAGCAUGGAGGGUCCACCACUUUCUGUGUGAGACAAGGGUUAAAAGCUAACUUUGACAGAGGACUCUGCACUUUCUUUUCUCUUUUUUUUGUUUUCAUUUAGAUUAGUUUCUUUAGAGUUGCUCCUUUGCUGAGCUGUGGUCGCUCCUCUCCUCUCAGUACCAUCAAGGGAGCCAUUAGGGAGCCAGUGUGGUGUAGUGGUUAAGAGCGGUGGACUCGUAAUCUGGUGAACCGGGUUCUCUUCCCUGUUCCUCCACAUGCAGCUGCUGAUUGACCUUGGGCUAGUCACACUUCUCUGAAGUCUCUCAGCCCCACUCACCUCACAGAGUGUUUGUUGUGGGGGAGGAAGGGAAAGGAGAAUGUUAGCCGCUUUGAGACUCCUUAGGGUAGUGAUAAAGCGGGAUAUCAAAUACAAAACUCCCAUCAAACAAUUAAUACCAUUGGUUGGGCUUGGAACAUGGGAAUUCAAUGAACCACACUUGUAACAUUAUUAUUAUUAUUAUUAUUAUUAUUAUUAUUAAGAUUUUUAUCCUGCUCCUCCUUUGUAGAAUAGCCUGAAGUACUUCAUUAUAAGCUUGUUGGCUGCUAGGAAAACUUGAAGUAUGCCAUGUCACAUAAAAUAUAUCACAUAAAAGCCAAUUAAAUGUAGAGAACAUCAUGACAAGGGAGAGUUGAUGUUUUGGGGUCGGUUACUUCUACUCCCUUGGCUACUAUCUUGACUUCCAUAGCAGUCUUUGGAACAGUCCAAGGUCAUUAUCUCUACUCAUGAUGAUAAAAAUGUGGUCAUGGCUUCAAAGUGAGUGUUCGCAUUCGAGAUGUCAGGGAAAAUGUGAAGUUAUUGCAAUAUUGUCACUUUUUGGAAGGCAUCCUUACAUGUUGUCAUAGCCAGGUGCUUGGAAUGACUUAAUGUCAUCCCACUGCUUUGUAUCAUAGUAGAGGAUUUGUUUUACUCUGUCAUAAAUCCAUUCUGCAUCUGCUCUUUUCAUACCGCAUGCAGCUCUGGUCACCCAGCCUUGGGAAAGAUACAUGGGAAUUUGGAAAUGUAUAGAGAAACCCAACAAAAGUGAUGUGAGAUCUCGGAUUUUUAAAAUAUUUUUUUUAAUGAGCCAGAGCUUAAAGAAUUUGGACUAAUCAGUUGGGAGUGUGGGAUAAAGAUGCGAUUAAUUGAAGAUAGUCUUCCACUGUCUUGAGGACAGGCCCAAGGGACGCCCAGUUUUCUGUUCUUUGUGUUGAACAAAUGUAUGUGACCACUGAAUGUAAUUCCCCUUUCCUCCUUGAACAGGUGGGGUUCUUUGGCUAUGUGAGCUACAUCGGAGACAUUGAGGGGAAUGUGCUCAUGAACUUCCCUUCGAAUGUAGUGACCGAGAUGAUCCGUGUAGGGUUCAUGAUGUCUGUAGCUGUUGGGUUCCCUAUGAUGAUUCUGCCCUGCCGGCAGGCGUUGAAUACCCUACUCUUUGAACAGCAGGUAAAGCCCUUGUGGUUCAGUACAGUUCCUUGUUCUUGACUUAACUGUGAUGUUUUUAGGCUUCCCUCACCUUAAACCAGGAGUGUCCUUACAUCUUUGCCCUUCUCUGUUGUCUCCCCUCCCCACUUUUAUCUUUCACGUGAAAAGAAUGAGCAAAACUAUUCCCUUCCAGGCUUAGAGGUGGUGGUCACACUUAGGGGCAUUUUGGUCUGAUGUCUCCUCAUUUCUUCAUCACCAGGAACUGUAGUAUUGAGCAAGUUUUGCUAUGUUUGACUAAAAAGGAGAAAGUGGUUAUGUUUCUAUGGGAAAAUAGCAUGAAGUAGCUUUCAGGGUAGUCAGGGAGAAAUGGUGAUACUUGCUGUAAGCCUUCCUGAGCAUAACUAUAUUGCCUGUAGAAACAGCCGCAGGCUAUUAUCCGUGUAUUUCAGGUGAUUGGGUGUCGUAAGGUAGUACAUACCCUAAAACAUACUGAACUCUAUUGUAUAGAAACAAGGUGGUAUCAGACCAGCCAUCACAACGUGUGACCAAAUCCUAGGGUAGGAAUGGGGAACUUGUGGUUCUUCAGAUGUUGUCAGACUCCGACUCUCCUCAUCUCUGGCUGGAACUGAUGGGAGUUGGAGUCCAGCAACAUCUGCAGGACCACAGGUUCCCCACUCUAGUAUAGGGAAAGGAAGUGGCAAUUACCUCCUUUUCUGUGCCUUACACCACUUUGUUUCCCAGCCUGCUAUACGGAAAGCUGUUCUGACACUUGUGCUACUCUAAUGCAGUGUAUUCCUCUCCUUAGGUUCCUUGUGUUCUUGUGUUCUUCUGUAUAACAACUGUACAUACUACUGGGGGGCGGAAUACACAUGAUGUAACUAGCAAAGUAGAAUUAUUUCUGCAGGUGGAUCUUGGCCACAGGAACUAUUUUAUGACUGCUAGUUCAAAUAUCUGCAUAUUGGUUUGAAGUCUAAAAGCCACCUCCUGUGAUCCACUGUUUUGGAGAACAACUCACUUCCAGGCCAUGAAAAACUUUUACACACAUUUAAAGUUGGUUAUGAGAGCUGUGAUAGGCAUAUAAAGACAAAAUCAAAAUCCAACCUACAGCAUUUGAACAGGAGACACCGAGUUAUUUGGGAGUGAUAAGAGGUUUAUAACAUCUGUAGGUGGCUUUUGGAGACUGACAAGGAGUCAAAUGACUUGUUGCAUACUUUAGGGGAUAAAGUUUAGAUAGACAGAUGGAAAUAAAUGAUGGAAAUGCUCCAUGGUUAAAGCCACUAUAUAAAACAACAUCUGCCACUGCCAGAGAGCAGUCAUAUAAAUGGUAUUUGACAGUGCUGAAAUUAUCUCUGAUAAACCCUAAUCUUUCUCCUAUAUGUGGAAAGUGUGUGGUGUGGAAGGUACAUACAUCCAUAUGUGGUGGGAUUGCCCCCAGGUACACGUGUUUUGGGAGCUGGUAUGCUGGGAGAUAAGUCGGAUUGCUGGUCUUGGAAUAUCUUCAUCUCCAACUUUGGUUCUGUUAAAUAUGUUUUUUGGAUAGAAAUUUAGAUCAUGAUCAUAAAAUGCUGUUAAUUCAUUUAUUCUCAGCUGCAGAAGCAGUGUGUAGCUCAGAACUGGAAGACGCUGCAGAACGUAAAUGUUGAGCAAUAGUUUCAAAAUGUUUGGCAAGGUGUCUUUAGAGAAAUUAGCACAAGAACUAAGGGUAACCAAGGGACAAAAGAUAAAAGACUCAUUUGGGAAAAUAAGGGAAGCGUUUAUUGACUUUGCAAGUGUAAAGGAUAAUGCCCGCUCCCUGCCCUUGAUAUACUCUAGACUAUGGACCUUUUGAAUUAUCUCUUCAUCUCAAAACUCUGAAAGGGAAGAUCCUGUAAACAAAAUAUAAAGGAGAAAUAAAGAAUUAAGAUAUCAGUAUGUAUAGUUAAUCGAGCUGUUUCAAGUCUGCUAUGUUCAUAACUCAUUCUCUGUAUCUGUUUUGCUUGUUUCAUUCUUAAUCUGUAUCUUCAAAAAAGUUCAGUAACUAUUUUUAAAAAACAAACAAACAAAAAAUCAAAAGAUGAGAAAAUCUGUAAUUUAGUAAUCCAAAUUAUGCUGACCAGCAGCGGUGAUCUCAUAGCCUUCAUUAUAUUUCAGGCUGCGGUCAUUAAGGCACAUUGGUAUUGUUAAUUUAGAAACUUACAGGUAUAAGGCUUAGGCUUCAGUGGGUAAUGCCCAUAUCAUAUCAAAUUGUUGGGAAUAUUGGGAGGAGACUGUAGUUCAAAAGGUUCCACGUGUGUAGACAUCAGAGGCAAAUUCCCAGAAACAGAGAGGAAAAUCCCUUUUUGUCUUAAUAAAAAAAUUAAAAGAACUGAAUAAUUAAUUGGCCUUUUCUUUUUUAAUUAGCAAAAAGAUGGGACAUUUGCUGCAGGUGGUUAUAUGCCACCUCUCCGAUUUAAAGCCCUGACACUAGCAGUUGUGUUUGGAACCAUGGUUGGAGGAAUCAUGAUCCCGAACGGUAAGUGAAAUCUGGUUCUUAAUUACUUGCAUUUUCACUCUCCCCGUCUCUAGUCUUUAGGGUUUGUAGCAGGUUUGCAUGCCUCUAGGCUAAAUUACACAUAUAAAAGCCUCCCAUGUGCCUAUGAAGAUUUGAACGCGCAUAAAAUGUAUAUUCAGUUAUUCUGAAAUGCACGUAGAAAUGAUCACAUUAGUUUAAUUAUAACUACUGAAGUCUACUUCAAAUAGAAAAGUUUCAUAGUGCUUGGAGAAGAUGCUUAGGGGCAUUCUACAAUAGCUGAUUUUUUUAUAUUUUGUAUUGUGUCUUUGUAAAAUGCUUAAAGACUGUUUUAGUUAAGUGGCAUAUACAUUAUUCAAAUAAAAGACAAUAUCGGCACAGUCACAGGAAAUGCCUAUCUGCAGGUAUUUACUGCCUUUGCUUGAUGCUUCAGUAGAGACUAGUCAGGAAGUAAUUUCUGGUCAUGACACAGUACAGGGAAUGAGCGAGUCUUUAUGCAUAGUUCAAGCCAUUUAAAUGCUGCAACUCCCGCCCCGCCCCCCCCCACUCCCAGUGCAAUUUAGCACAGUUAGAUGAUGAUAUUGUAAACAUUUGUAACUGCCUUAGAUCAUGCAUUACAGUAUGUGGGUGUUGAUAAGCAGCCUGCUACUAGCUACCACCUCUUGAGCCGAUGAUUGUGGGUGUUUCAUAGCGGCAUAUGGUAUUAUAAGUUUAAAUAUGUGUCUGUGUGCUGUUUCUUUAUACCUCUGCAUUCAGAGAUGUGUAUCUGUGCACAGUACUGGAGUGAUUAUACUUCUGAAUGUUUGCUUAUUAUCGGCACACCAUUUUUUUUCGUUUGGCUGUGCCCUCCAUGUUUACUUCCACCCAUUUUUUUUUGCAAUCUUAUUCCCAAGGAUUUAUAUAGUUCUGGGACAUCUUGCUUUGAAAUGGUCAUCGUUCUAAAUAGGACUAAGCCUAGCUUAACAUUCUGUUCUCUAAGUUGCUUACAGCUAUCUUGGUAUACAUAGUACCAACGAGGACAUCAAAUAUCUAUCUGCCCAGUGUCAUCUUCAAGAUCUGGUCAUAAAUAUUUGUAGGGGAGGCAGAAGGAGCACUGAGCUACAGAGGGGUUUAUCAGAUUUCAUGUAAGCAACUUAGCCAGAUAGAAAAUUGGAUCAAGAUCUGCAGAAGGUCUGGGAGCCAGUGUAGUGUAAUGGUUAGCGUAUUGGACUAGGACAUGGGAUAUCAAAACUCAUAUCCCUGUUUGGCUAUGAACCUCACCCAGGUAGUGAUUAUCUCUUGCCCUAGCCUGCCUCACUGGCUAGGAUAAAAAAAAAGUCCAAGGGUUUUAGAAAGGGAGGGGUAGAGGGAAUAGGGAAAAGGGAUUUCCUGGGUUUUUAGUUGCAAUGGGUAACCACAGCCAGUUGUCCCAAGGUUUUGUCUCGAUUCAAAGCUCCAGCAUGAAGGAUGAAGUUCUACACCUCAUGAUAACCUUAAGAAAUCCAGACUCAGAGAGUGCAUAUUCAAAAUUCACUUAUCAUGAAUUAGUUUUCCCUUAAGUGCCGUUUGUCAUCCGACCAUACAAACCAUCAGGAUGCUUAGAAGUGUGCUUCCCAUGCCCUUCAACACGUACUUAAGGGUGAAGCGAGUAUUCUAAUCCACAUUAGUGAGUGUGAGUAUGCCACUACGGGCGUCACUUUGUCACGCUAAGGAAUGCAGAGCGUCAUGGCGUGAUCUUGUGCUGUCACUGUCAAGUGGAUUACAAUCCCCGUGUUACCCAUAGCCAUAUGGGGGGAGGGCAGGGGAAGGUUGGGGAAGGCACAUUCUUCACCGUCCUGCUCAUGAGUGGUCAAGGAGUGUCUGAGUCAUGCUAAGUGACCUUCAGCUUUUGCCUCCGGACUCCCUUUGAACCACUGACUUAAAGGAACAGUUAACUCGAACGCAAUCUCUGUCUUGGCUAGAGCUGUUGCUCACAGUUUGUUUGUUCUUCUUUGCCAGUGGAGACCAUCUUGGGCCUAACAGGUGCAACGAUGGGAAGCCUCAUCUGUUUUAUCUGCCCAGCUCUCAUUUACAAGAAGAUCCACAAGAAUGCCCUUUGCUCGCAGGUCAGUGCUGAUGCUAAUUGACUCCUACCCUGUUUCCAGCUUGCAACAGAGCCUGGGAACUUGGUUAAUUUCCCUGCAGCCAAGGAACCCAGUCAGGCCUCCUGUUCCACAUGGGUGGGAGACAUUGCAGUCUGACUUUGAACACACAGCUAGCAGUGUUUGUGUGCAUGCAUGCAAGCAAGCACACAUUUUAGCCUGGGUAACCUUGGAAUGCCCCCGCUUUUAUCACUUGCAGCCUGAGAAGCACAUUAAUAGCUGCCUGCAGUCUCUGGGCCAGUGUGCUCCAUGCCUUAGCAUUUCCAGCAUGGAAAUUGCAUGCAGUAUUAAAAGACCUUAAGAGCCCCACUGUUUCAACUUGGCACCCCUCCUUAGCAUUGUGUGCCCUGUUGCUGACCGUUGACUUCCGGGUUCCAGCAAAACAACAACAAAUGAUUCAUAAGAAAAGAAAUAUGCAUACAGAUGCAGUGUUGUUAGAAUAAUAUAUUUCUCUUUGUUCUAAGCAUUUUUAAUAUAAAAAGCCCACCUUUAAAGUCCUGGUUCAUUCAAAGAAUAUUACCAUAUUUACUUGAAAGUAAUGUGCACUUUUUUGGCCAAAUUACACUUGCGAAAAUUAGAGUGCGCAUUAGAUUUGGUGGAGCAUUUACAUUCGCCAGCAAACCCUUUUUGGGUUUCAAGGUUUUGAAAAUCGAGGUGUGCGUUAUAUUCAAGUAAAUACUGUACUUUCAUGCCACUUUCAACUUUUUCUUCCUUCAAGACUGGCUUCCAUCUUUUCAUUUCCCCCUCUACUGCACUACUUUUUAAAAAAUGGAAUUGAAAUCAAGGUGGGCUUGUCAUUCUCUCUGACCAUAAUUUAAAUAUUCUCAGGCAUGCUGUCAUUGCUCUGAGGUUAAAGGUCUGCUAGUGCUUAGCAGUGGAAUAGGGUUUUUUGGGGGGCCCUUAAAUAUGUAGGUUUUUUAAGUCAGUAUAGAAUAUUUUGUCAUGUCAGUGCCAUGGAUGCAAAGCUGCAAUAGGGCAUUGAAUUUACUCACCUGAGCUGUGAUCAGAACUGGAAGGGUGCCUACCUACGCCUUUCAUGCUUUUGCUUGCAUAUAUUCUGUGUUAAUCAAGAAGGAUUUUUUGAACGACCUUGCUGUGCAGGAGCAGGAUGUUCAGGCUCCAGGGAUGUCCUGUUCCUCCACUACCGUAUCGUGUCCAAAAUAUAAUUUUCACCUUCCCACUUCUCCGGGAGAUCUCGACAGCUUUUGCAUCUCAAAUGUGGAGAAGAUGCAGAGGCUAUUAUUGAGACAUGACUUUGCAGAGAGGCAUUGGGGGUUUGCAUCGCUGUACAGAACUUGCUCAUUCCUUCCAUCUUUAGUUGCCCCAUAUCAUUCCACCAUGUGAUCCACAUUACCUUGUGCCAGCGCCAAAGAGUAAGCAAGUUGGAGAGGCCAUUUGGGCCAAUCGUUGGUCCUGAUCUAAUGCUACAUUAACUAUAGGUAGAGGCCUGAACUCUAGCCUGGGCUUUUGAAGGGAAGGAGCAUGUCUGUCACAAGGUGCUCUUUUAUGCAGGUUGAGUGGAAGACUUCCACACAGCAAAAUAAAUACAGAGAGAGAGAGAGAGAGAGAGAGUUAUAUUAGCUGCCCAGAGGCAAGUGUCAGCUGCUUCCCAGUCAAAAAACUUGGGGCUUGCUGACUGCUUGACCCUGGCAGGCCAGUGACAAGGCAAGCAAAGCGGAAAUGUCUGUCUUGAAAUAAAUUACCAUUCUGCACAGAACACUAGGCCAACAGGUUAUGCAAGCCAACCAGGGAUUCUUCGGCUGUGUGCUUGUGCACAGCUUCAGGAAAGACAUCUCUCCUGUGUCAACAGCUAAAAGAGAGCCAUGAUUCCAGUUUGGUUUUGUGGAAAUGUACUUUUCACACUGCAAUAUGUGGCUUGCUGGUGGUGGUAGUAAUCAGGAUCUGUUGAAGGGGGUUGGGAGGUGUCUGAGGAGAGACAGCAGUAGGGAUAUUGUGAUUAGGAACUAGUGGGAAACUUGACCAAGGAAACACUAUGGUGCCUGACCCAUCUACACAUUUCCUGAACUUUCUCAAUAAUGUGGGCCAUUCCAUUAUAUGUGCAUACAGAAUAGAGUUCUUCAGGGUUGUCUUAAAAGGGGAAAGUGACUGGCCUACCUGUUGCUUACUCACCAAGGCCAGGCCUAACCUUUUCAUGACCUACUUUCCGUUCCUUUUGUGUUACCGUCUCUCUGACUAUUAUUAUUAUUAUUAUACUGCCAUAUCCCCAAAGGUCUCAGGGCGGUUCACAUAAAAGGAUCACAGUAUAUAAAAUAAAAAAUUAAAACAAUAACCCAGUAAUGCUCCCCCCAAAAGAGCCACAUUUUAAAAGGGUAUGGGAUAUUGAUCAGGUCAACCAAAGGCUUGGUUAAAAAGGAAUGUUUUUACCUGGAGCCUAAAGGUGCAUAAUGAAGGCGCCAGGCAAACUUCCCUGGGGAGAGCAUUUCACAGACGGGGAGCCACUGCAGAGAAGGCCCAUUCUCAUGUUUCCACCCUCUGGACCUCCUGAGGAGGAGGCACAUGAAGGAGGGCCUCAGGAGAUGAUCUCAGGGUCUGGGUAGGUUCAUAUGGAAAGAGGCGGUCCUUGAGGUAUUGCAGUCCUGAGCUGUUUAAGGCUUUUAUAGGUCAAAGCCAGCACUUUGAAUUGGACCUGGAAACUACCGUAUUUUUCGCUCCAUAAGACACACUUUCCCCCUCUUAAAAUCUAAGGGGAAAUGUCUGUGCGUCUUAUGGAGUGAAUGUGUGGUCCCUGGGGCUGGGGGGGGGACCUGGGCUUCCCCCGCCAGCCCCGACCUCUUUGGGGCUGGCGGAGGAAAGCCGGGCUUCCCUCACCGCCAGCCCCAAAGAGCAGGUCGAAAGGAACCCAAAGCCUCCGGAGCGCAGCGGGAACUCCCGCCGUGCUCCGGAGGCUUUGGGUUGCCUUCACUGAAAGCGACUGAAUGCACCUUGAAUGCACUGAACACACCUUGUUUUAGAGGGGGAGAACAAGAAAAAAAAAUUCCAGAUUUGUGCCGACAGUUUGCCUUCUAGUUAGUCUACCUCAUCAGCUGUUUGUAGUAUAGUCCUGCUGUAUUGAUAGUGUUGCAAAGCACCCUGAACAUUUUUUUAAUUGAAGGGCAGCACAUAGUUCAUUAAAACAAACUAGUUUUACAAGCGAGCUUCUUCCUAUGAGUGAAUGAAACCCCCCUCAGUUGAGAGGUUGGUCUCUCUCUCUCUCUCUCUCUCUCUCUCUCUCUCAGCUCAUGAACUUCCAUUUACAAAGACUGGCCCAUUUGCCAGUCAUGGGACUAUACCAGAGACUGGGUGCUCUGUACCAAAGGAUGGUGUAUGUUUCACAGUUCAAGGUGGAUCCUGGAGGAGGCGAGUGAAACAUGUGCUCUCCCCCCCUCCAACUCGGAACCAUUCCUAUGGGGGGAGGGAAAAAUACAUCCCCAGAUGUUUUUGUUGGCCGGGAAAAGGGUGUCUAAUUCUGCCAACUGGAGUUGUUAAUUAUUACAGACAGCUGGUCAGUCAACAGCUGGCAGCGAGCCAGAGACCAAGAACGGCAGCUUGGAUUAAGUGGCACGGGUAGCUCAGCUGAAAAGCUCGGGAUGCUGGAAAUAUGAUUGAGUAACUGAGCAACAUGGGGAAGUGUACAGACCCUGGGCUAGGCUUGCAGAGGCGCAGAUGACCUGGGAAGCUCACCUUUUGCUGUGAUUCCUGUUGUAGGCCUGUAUCCUAACUUAGCAUGGCGGGCCAGACCUAGGGGCAGACUGAAGGUUGGAGAAAGUUGCUCGAAGGUCUGCAAGCAAAAAUGCUUGAUUUGUGAUGAUGAAGAAGAGGAGUUUGGAUUUGAUAUUCCACUUUAUCAUUACCCUAAGGAGUCUCAAAGCGGCUAACAUUUUCCUUUCCCUCCCUCCCCCACAACAAACACUCUGUGAGGUGAGUGGGGCUGAGAGACUUCAGAGAAGUGUGACUAGCCCAAGGUCACCCAGCAGCUGCAUGUGGAGGAGCAGGGAAGCGAACCCAGUUCACCAGAUUACGAGUCCACCGCUCUUAACCACUACACCUCACUGGCUCUCAUGAUGGGGAAAUGUUAGCCGCCUUUCUCUCUUGAAAGGCUUCCCGAAGCAAGAGCAAAGUCACUGAGAGAGGCAAGAGAGAAUUGCAUACAUAGGCUAUUCUUUUUUAUAUAUACAGUGGUACCUCAGAUUACAUAUGCUUCAGGUUACAGACGCUUCAGGUUACAGACUCCGCUAACCCAGAAAUAGUGCUUCAGGUUAAGAACUUUGCUUCAGGAUGAGAACAGAAAUUGUGCUCCAGCGAUGCGGCGGCAGCAGGAGGCCCCAUUAGCUAAAGUGGUGCUUCAGAUUAAGAACAGUUUCAGGUUAAGAACGGACCUCCGGAACAAAUUAAGUACUUAACCCAAGGUACCACUGUAUUAUUAGAUUUGUACCCCGCUUUUAGAACAGAGCUCUCAAAGCGGAUUACAACAUUCAUAAAGUACAACCCUUCCAUGAAAUACCUGAUCCUUUACAAAUUAAAGCACUGAAGGAAAUUUGUGAGGAUAGAUGUUUGGGGCGGGGAGAAAUGUAGUGAUUCUUCUCUGACACUGGUUAGCAGACGAAAAGGCAGAAGCCAACAUGCCUAGAAACGCUUGCAAUCAGGUAGCAUGAGAUGUAGCCAUCUUGUAGCAGCAAAUGCAGAACACUGAGACUCUCUUUUUUUCUUCUUAAAAGGACCACAUUUCUAACCAUUGCAGGUUUGCACAAAAGUUUUGCAUCUGUGGCAGUGUAUGCUAAACCUUUGCAAAGUCAACAAGAUGGUUAAGCUGAGCUUUCCCACCUGCCUGGCCCAUUCAGCCCUUCUUCUAUAUAGGUGUUCACAUUUUCCAUUCACUUCUUAAAUUUGCAAAUUUUCCAGCCAUCACUCCUCCCCCACCCUGGCUUAUUUUUCAGCUGGAUCAAUGUGGAAUGCUUAAGGAAUUGCAUCUGGCUGUUGUUGUUUUUUUAAAUCACCAUUAUCAUUAGUCUGGAAGUCUAGAUUCAUACAUGGCUAAAAGGCUCUGUGUUGCACUGCUCACUUGACAGCUAGCACCUCUUUUAGACUAAUGAUGUCUGAGGAUCAAGCUACAUGUCACAUUGCAGCUGUGUGUAAUACUAGCCCAACAGACCCUUCUACGUUGCGAAGCUCGGUGCGUUUGAGGCCCAGAAUUGCAAGAUAAACAUGGGUUUGGAACAAUGGUGGGGAUAAAGCGAGUGGCAGAGAAGGGUUAAGCAUUCCCUUCCUCCCCGCUCGCCACUCUUUCUCUAGUACAAAGCGCCUUCUCCCAAGGGCACUUUGCAGUAGAGAAGGUCGUGUUAACAUUACAUGUGGCUUUCUGUCACAUAGUUUGGCCCUUGAACAAUCUGUAACGAAAUAGCCACCAACUAAGAAUAAGCUUCCUGGAUCAGGCUCUGGGUCCAUCAGCGUCCCGUUUCCAACGAUGACCCAUCUGGGAAGCCCAUGAGCGUGGCAUGAAGGUGAAAGUUCCUCCCUGCUGUAUUUAUCCAUGUUCUGGAAUUCAGAGGUGCAAGUGAGAUCUGACACAAACCAUUUUGGCUUGGAGGGCUUCUGUUCAGUGUGCCAGCUCUCCAGGCCCUCUUUCAGAAAAUAUUCAGUCCAUUCCGCUGCACCUGGGUUUUGCAUUCCCCACUCCCACCCACACAGCAACAGACACUCAGCAUUCUGCAGCUACUGAGCAUUCUCAGUCCUUACUGGGCUACUUCCACCCCAUAUUUAUAUUUAUAUUUAUAUUUAUAUUUAUAUUUAUAUUUAUAUUUAUAUUUAUAUUUAUAUUUAUAUUUAUAUUUAUAUUUAUAUUAUUUGCAAGCCUUGGGAUUUCCAGGAGUAUGCAGAUGUCUCCCACUUGUUUGACAGUAGCCCCUCUUUGGCUGAAAAAGUGUCAAAACACAGUAUCUGAGAUUGCCGUUAGUAUAUGUUGUUGUUCUAGGUUCCUUUGGGAGGGAAGGGACCUAGAAUGGGAGAUGGGAGGAGAGGAAGGAAAAGUCCAGUCGUGCAAGCUGAAGUCCACUCUGUAACCCUUGACUUUCUGUGGUUGCUGAGCAUGUUCAGUUCUCAUUGGAAUGUGUUGGAAGGUUCCCCUAAAGUUUUUGCUUUUUGUUUCUUGUGUCUGUAAAACUGGGGUCCCCCAAGCCUGCUGAUGGUGUGGGUGGAGGAGUAAUGUGGUUUUGGAACUUGAUAUAAAAACAUUAGUAUACAGUGGUACCUCUAGUUACGAACUUAACUUGUUCCAGAGGUCCGUUCUUAACCUGAAAUUGUUCUUAACUAGAGGCGUGCUUUCGCUAAUGCGGUCUCUUGCUGCCGCUGUGCCGCUGGCACACGAUUUCCAUUCUCAUCCUGGGGCAAAGUAAUUAACUCAAGGUAACUCUUCCAGGUUAGCGGAGUUUGUAACCUGAAGCGUUUGUAACUCGAGGUACCACUGUAAUUAAAUAUAUACUGUCUCUGAACAUGCAAGUUUUGUUUCGUUGUCAUGGUUGAGAGCUCUGUUUUCCAUGAAUUUGGCUCACCGUUUUUUCAACCACCUGAGCUAGUUACCACCAUCACUUCCUGUGACAUUAUCAAAGCUAUGUUUUGCAUGAAACAGUAUGAACUUCUGUCUGCUCUGAACUUACCGCCUACCAAUUUUACUGGACAACCCCCAAGUUCUGCUAUAGUCUUCUAUCAUCUCCCCCUUUGUCGCCUCCCCCCUGACCCUGCUAAAAAUCCCCAAAUGCUUUCUUUGUAUGUGCUCCCAAGUCCUUGACUGCUGUGGCUGUUCUUCCUUAUGUCUUUUCCAGUGAGAUAAAGCUUUUCUGAGAAAGGGCAACAUGAACUGUUUGCAGCAUUCCAAAUGUGGCUGGACGUCAAGCGCGCUUCCCUGCCAAAGGAAUGCACAUAGCAGAUAGUUAAGCAUUUAUGGUCAAAGAUACCACUUACAGUCGCUUCUUCAGCUCUGGAUAGCUAUGCACACCCAUCCAGCAUCUAUAGAGUAGUUGCAGCAACAGGGGACCCUCCCCCAGUUUAUGUAUCUUCCUCAAACGGGCUGCAUGCACGCAGCUGGUGACUGUGCCUGUGCGGAAACUUCCUCUGUUCCUCCCUUUUCAAUCCCCUCCUGGUUUGGGGGGACAGUGCUGUAGGAGAGGGUGGGGAAGCACCAGGCCCUGUAGAUCUCUACAGCUUUUUUUUGAAUUUCAGUAAUACUUUGCACUCCUCCAUGUCAGAUUCUCUAUGCUUCACAGAUCAAUCUGGAACUGGAGAGCAGUUCAGAAAAUGCAUAAUACUUAAGUGUUCUAGGCCAGCUGCUUUUUCUAUGCACCUGACAGCAUUUUCGCAUGCAUGCUCGUGAUUCAGCAGAUGCGAUUUCCCUCCUGGCAUAGUGAUUCCCAUCAUACAGUGAAAGUGCAUGUCCAAAGAGCAAGAUCACACCUCUGUGGGAUGAAGGAGGAGCCUUUUGUUUAAAGCCAGAUUUACCUUCACUAUGUGAGAAAAGCGGUUGCUUCCUGCUCAGUUGUGGGUUGGUUUGUUUUUGGAACCCCCUCCCCCACUGCUGCCGUUGCAGGAUUACAGUGGUACCUCGGGUUAAGUGCUUAAUUCGUUCCGGAGGUCUGUUCUUAACCUGAAAUUGUUCUUAACCUGAAGUACCACUUUAGCCUCCUGCUGCUGCCGUGCUGUUGGAGAACGAUUUCUGUUCUCAUCCUGAGGCAAAGUUCUUAACCCGAGGUACUAUUUCUGGGUUGGCGGAGUCUGUAAGCUGAAGCGUAUGUAACCUGAAGUGUAUGUAACCCAAGGUACCACUGUAUUGCCCGCCCCCCCAUCACCAACAGCUACUGUUGCAUUUCCAGGGACAAAACCUGUGCCCAUAGGGGUUUGUGUACACUUGGUUCCAUAUGGGCAGAGUGAGUUUGAUACUGGUAUGAUACUGCUUUAAACGUAGAGUGCAGAUGAGGCCUCGUGUUUCCAUUCCUGAAGCUUUCAGGAGGCUCCCCUUUGCUCUUGAUUCGGUGUCUCUCCCUCCCCCCCCCAAACAUUGUGGUUGGGCAGGUGGAGGAAGACAGGCGUUUGAAUAUGAGCUCUUUUGUGAUUCUCAAGGUACCUAUUAGGCCAAAUCACCACUGGAAUUUACUUUGGGAACUCCCCUCUUGGUCUCUCAUUCCCUGAACCUGGAAAUCAUUCCUGCUCUUUCCUUGUACCCAACAUCUGCUGCUACUGAUAUAUCCACAAGGCUCCAAAGACCCCCCCACUUUCCUCAGCCGUGGCCCCUGAAUGGUUCCCUGACCUCAUGUCGCACCUCAGCCUUCCCAAGCAUCUACUUCAGUUCAUUGUCAUUCCGCGACUGUCCUCCCACUAUCACCCACGGGUGACACAGAAGCAGGCAAAGUUCCUUUAUUUUUAUUUAAGUGCUCUCACCCACCAUCUUGUUAAUUACUUUGCUGGCAUUACGGGAAGCUCAAGAAAAAGAGGCCAUUUUUCUUCCCUUUUCCAUUGAGGUCACUUCUGCUCAUUGCCUACAGAUGCCUUGUCAUCUCCAUUAUAUUUAACGGUCUUGUCACCUGCAAAUCGGAAGGGGACUUUUAAAGACGUUAACCCUUUCAGAAAGCCUGUGCUUGGAAUAUGUCUUUUUCCCGUCUUCUUCUGGGAAUUAAUAAAUCAGGCUUUUCCCCGAGGUGAUGAUGAGAAACAUGAGGUUCUAGGGUAGCUUGGCAGGGAGGAGCCGGGGGUGUCACAACACCAGUCAACCUUUUCAGGUUAAUCUAUACGUAAUGUGAGGAAGGGUUUGGUGAGGGCGACAAAGUCUCUGGCAGUAGGUUGGCCAAGCCACUUGGCUGUCACAGAGAGUUGGGGCAGUCUGCGGGGCCUGAGCUGUCCAGAUCCUAAGAGCCUAGUUGCCAUUGGCUGAACUGUUCCAGACUUACAGAGGGGGCAUGACAGGCAAAAGGACCCCAAGGAAGGCAAGGAGGGGCAGAGCGAACAAGGGCCUAUCAAAGGAAAGUUGGGAGUGGUUCAGAGAACGAAUUGAAGGCCAGGAGAUUGAGAGGAGCUGGAAGCUGAGAAUGGGUGGUGGAAGGGAGAAGAGGGAAAACUGCAGGAACUUGCAGAAGCACAGAAGGCAGAACUUUAUAUAUUGGUUUGAAAUACCAGAUUUGGCUGAAGCAGGGAUGCAAGUGGCACUGUGGUCUAACCACCGAGUCUCUUGGGCUUGCCAAUCGUAAAGUCGGCACUUCGAAUCCGUACAAUGGGGCCUGCCAACCUAGCAGUUUGAUAGCAUACCAGUGCGAGUAGAUAAAUAGGUACCGCUGCGGUGGGAAAGUAAACGGCACUUCCAUGCACUCUGUUACUCGUCACAGUGUCUCAUGUGUCAGAAGCGGUUUAUUUUUUAAAUUUUUUUAUAUAAUUUUAAUUAUUACCAUAUCCAAAAUCACAUUCACAUUCAAAUAUACAUUUCCACCGUUAAUAUAUUUAUUUUAAUUAAAGCAUUCAACGACUUCCCUUCUUCCCCUUAUCCAGUUCCUUUCAUUUUCCCACCAUUCCUGCAUAUUCUUAUUUAUCCAUUUAGAUCAAUUUCCAGAAGCGGUUUAGUCAUGCUGGCCCCAUGACGCAGAAAAACUAUCUGUGGACAAAUGCUGGCUCCCUCAGCCUGAAAGUGGAGAUGAGCACCACACCUCAUGGUCAAAUUCGACUGGACUUAACCAUCCGGGGGUCCUUUAUCUUUACCUUGGCUGAAGCCCUCUUAGUCACGCUAAAUGUUAUGAGCUAGGCAGCUGACCAAGGCCAGGCAAACACUGGAGACAUUACUUCUGAAGAAAAGAUCCUGAAAUGUGAAUGAUGGGAUGCUUGAGUGAAUGAUGGGGUCGUUGAGUUUUCAGCUUUGAGUAUGUCGGGAGGUGAAGCGAGGCAUUUGGGUGUGUUGGCUCUGUACUUAAUGAGAUUGAUACACCGGAGAAGCCAAAUAAAGUUAAUUUCCCACAAAGGACAGGACAGGCUUGCAGAGGAGAGAACAGCACGCGCAGCCGGAGCUCUGCUUUCUGUUUGGCUGCGGCUGUGCUCACGGCUGAAGAGAGAAGCUGCUUUCUAAAGCGAAUGGUGGCUUCUCUUAUCAGCACUGGGGGUUGCAGAAACCAAAUCAAAAGCGGAGAAAAUAAAGCUCCAGCUGCUCUCUCGCAUGCACAUAGCCCGUCUUUGGGUCUUAGCCAGCGGUGUUUGCACCCUGCUUCUAUUUCUACUGCUUUGUACUUCUAAGUGGAGAACUGUCCGCAAAAGAGAAUAAGCUUCAUUUGGCUUCUCAGGUGUUUUGAUCUUUAUCGAUUGGGAAGAAGGCAGCACGUCCAGCCUUGGAAACUCCAAAUGCCUGACUUCAAGUCUGUGAUAUAACUGCAAGCUGGGGGAAAACUCAGUGGUUCAGCAUCCUAACUCGGUCCUGUUUUCGGCAUCUCACACACAUGCACUCUCCACCACCUCUGCCAUGGGGAAGGACCAUAGUGAUGGUAGAGCUCCUGCUUGCAUGUGGAAGGUCCUCGGUCCAAUCUCUGGUAUCUCCAGCUAAAAGUAUCGGGUAGAUGGUGGUGGGAAGAACUGUUAUAAGAAAGAAAGACCAGCAGCCACUUUGAAGUAGAAACGGAAGUGCCUCUCCCUCAGGAGUUUCUCUCUCCUUUAUUGAAUGCCACCCCUCCUUCCUGUUCACACUUCAGUCCCUGAAGAACCAAUAGUGUGUCACACCAAAAGGACCUCUGGCUCGAGAGCUUGGAGAGCCCCUGCCAGUCCAAGCAGACAACACGGGGAUUGAGGCACUGUUGUUCUGACCCUGGUACAAAGAGGCUUCUGGUGUUGGGGAAACUUGCGCUCAGUGAUAGAGCACAAUGAUAGAGCACAUGGAAAUUGUCCCAAGCUCAGUUCUUGACAUCUCAGUUCAGGUUGGGAAAGGCUCGUUCCUGAUUGAAAGCCUUGAAAACUAAGCAGUCCUUGAGGACAAUAAAGAACUAGAUUGUGCCACUCGCCUUCCUUCUUACAAUGCCCUACGUUCUUUAUUCAUUUUUUACCUGGCAUUGCUCAGGGAUUCUAAGGCACCAAAGAACUCGGUGCAGUUUUGAAAUCAAUCAAAAUGGCAUCCAAUUUGUAUCUAAACACAGAUGAAAACUCACCCUUUUAUCUCAGGAACCUUCAUGCAAAAUUUGUUUACAACAUCCUAAGAGGUGUCCAAAUGCACAGCAAACAAACAACUUCCCAAAAUAUAUCGCAGAUUCACUUUCUAUUGUUCUUCUGCCAUGCCUUUUCUCCAAAAAGCCUAGGGAAUUGUGCACCUUUCCCCUGCCCUUAAUCUUCACAACAACCCUGUGAGGUAGGUUAAGGUGGGGAAAGGGAGGUUUACUUUGAUGGUCACAAGAAAUGUCAGUAGCUGUCUGCUCAAAUAUCAGCAGUUUGGGGAUACUAUAAUACUGGUUUUAACAACUGAUAGUUUUAAGGCAAGACAGAUGUAUUAGAUGGGGGGGGGGGACUGAAUUGCUUAAUAGUCUGCUUUGUAAAAAGCAGAUAAAGUGAGACAGAUUCAAACUCAGGCUUGAGGACAUGUAUGCAGGCCUACCAGGAAAUAUUUUUUCAGUCUUUCAGGAUAAGUAGGUGCAUGUCUCCCCUUCCUUCCCUGCCCUUUUUCCUUUGCCUGACUCAUAUCUAUCAUGAAUUAAACUUGUGCAAUAAGACAAGUGAUACACACUAUGUCGGUUUUGGAUUUUCAUGGAAGCAUGGUCAUCUGAAGGAUGGAUGUGAGCCAGUAAACCGUGUAAAGCAGUUCUGUGUGAAUUCGUUUUUAGAGGUGCUAACCUGGACUCAGAGCACAAUAUAGGAGAGGACUGAAGUUUACUGACAGGGUUUCUGCAACAGGGAAUUUGCCUGUUUUUGUAUGGCUCUGCACAAGGUUUCAGCCUCACAAGUGCAAAUUUUGAUAUGGACCGUGAGGAUUUUCUUUGAUAGGCCAACUGUACUGGAUGAUUUUGGCUCUUUGGGGCACUGUGUCCUAUGGUAAAAGCUGGCCUCCUGCUCUUCCUAUAUUCCUGUUCUGAUCAAUAAUGAUGAAGACGUUCUGCUUAUUUAGUGAGGAAAAGAAGGGGGGAAAGUGAAUAGUCUGAAAGUGCAUUGUUCUCGAACGUGUUUUGUUGCUUUAGGAAUCAUUCGCAUUUCUCUAUGCCGUUCCUUUGCUGAGAGCUGACACAAACCCUGUUUUCACUCAUGCUCCCAAUGCAGAGGCCUUAGAUCGCCUAGCUUUCAGGAAGUGGUCAAGGGCAGUGCUAAGGGCAGAACGUACAGAAAUGUGCAGCCUGACAAGAUGUUGGCUUUUCCUGCACACCCGUUCCAUGAAGUCACGCUCCUGUGGGAAUGGUUGACCAUUUUGCUGCCUUUUCCUUCAUGACUCUGGCCAAGGAUUUGGCCUCUUCACUGCAUCAAGUCUGUUAGGAUGGGUUAUCAAGAGACCUUCCACUUUGUCUAACGUUUGGCUCUCUUGAUCUCCCAAGUUUCAUUCUCCAGAAUAGCUGAAUACCUGACCAAAUUUUCAGUUCAUCCAUGUCUUUGUCCUUACUCUGUUCUCUUCCCCCACAGAUGUCUUCUUCCAUCAAAACCCUUCAUCCCCCCGACCUGCUUGUCUGGGUCUCAGUGUUCCGUUUCUCAAGGGCAAAUCUUGCCAAUCCCUGUCUCAAAAGUGUCUUUCAUUUUCUCCUUGGGCAUGGACCACUUGUUCCCACAAUUUAUUUAUUUUUAAAUUGCAGAACUCUCCAUUUGAUGCCCUGCAAAAAUCUCUUCCCUAAUAAAAUCUGUGAGAAACUGGUUGUUGAAGCCAAUUCUAUGAAAUGCCUAUAACUGAUUGCCAUCUGGCCUUGUGCUGGCCCAUCCUCUGUGAAGAACUUUGCCACUUCUCCCCUCCUCCUCUACCCUUUGCAUUCUCUACAACCUUCCCCAUUUUUGAUCCAUUCUAUCUGCUUGUUACAUAUAUCCUUAAUUUAAGAUAGUGUUUUCCCCUAAAUAAAAAGAGCACAGGAAACGCUUGGCUGUGAAUACUGGACAGUGUAAUAUUAGACUGUACUGAGGAUCCCUGGGCUAUAAAAUGGAGAAUAUAUUUUAAAAAUGUGUGUAUGUACUACACACAUACACACACUUUUCCUAGCAUGCGUUAGCUAGACUGGGGCUUCACAAAGGUUAAACAGAGCUGCUGUUGUAGUACUAAAGCUGCAGACCAACUGGUAUUGAGUGUGUAGCUCAUCAACUGAUUGGAUGAUGAGUUCAGCCCUGCACAGUCAAAAUCAAACAGGUAGAUUUGCCUAUUUGAAGAUCUUGCUGCCUCUGAACGCAGAGUGUGGCUGGGUGGCUGGGGUUGUAUGAGUAUUCAGUCCUGCUCUGUGAAUGAAAGUUUGACAUCCUUGUUAGAAGAGUACAGUCUUCAGGGGCCACUGUUCCUGGUUAGUCAGAGGGCCGAACCACUUGAGAGAAACCUUUUUGGGUGUCUGCCUCCCAGUUGGCAGUGGUGUGAGGGUCUCAAUGGCUGCCCCUUCUCCACAGUGAGCUUUGGUGCCUUCUUACUAGCACCUUCCACAGGUAAUAAUACCUCUUUCAUUUCAAAAUACAGUCUUACCUCGGAAGUCAAACGGAAUCCGAAUGGAACAUUCGGAAACCAAAGUGCGGCUUCCGAUUGGCUGCAGGAAGCUCCCGCAGCCAAUCGGAAGCCCCGUUGGAUGUUCAGCUUCCAAAAGAACAUUCGGAAACUGGAACACUCACUUCCAGUUUUCGAUCAUUCAGGAGGUGGAACAUUUGACUCCCAAGGCUUUUGGGAGCCGAGGUAAAACUGUAUGAAAGAAGACUAGUCCAACUUGGAGGUAUUCCGCUUGAUCUGCUAGCCAUUUCAGGAGGGAGAGUGCGUGACCUGAGGCUUCCCUAUACCUUAACCAGCCCUUUUCUGCAUCCCUGUUGACUUCUUUGCCACCUUCUGGCCAGUAUUACUGGCGUGGUUUUUUGACAGUGCCUUCUUGGUUCUCCCAACACCUGUAAUAGUGGCAUCGUUGACAUGCAGGCCAGGUUCCGUGUAAAGCCCUUGCAGUGACAAUUACAGUGAUUAACUAGGUAAAAAUAAUACAUCAGAGUUUAAUUAAAUCUCCUUCACUGUCAGCCAACAAUCCACCCGCUCGUCUCUCUCUCUCUCUGCCAGUACCCUUUUUCAUUUGGAGUUUGGCAGCUCUGCUGCUCAAGCGAGGCAAACGCUCCUGAUGCCCAUAUUGUUUAUCCGUUAUUAUUGUGUAUCUGCUCAGCUGAUCACCCCUAUCCAGUAGCCCAUAAAUUACUGAAACUUCAAGGGAUAGCUUAAAUCAAAGUGCAAUAUGUGUGGGGAUAUUCCAGUACAAGCAAUGAAACUGCUGUAAUGACCAGGAAAGUCUAGAAUUCUGCUGCCUUAGGAGGCAAGACUCCUCUAAUUUUGCAACUAAAUCCCGCAAUCAGUCAUGAAAAUUAAAACGAUAUUGCGCGCAUUUGCAUAAUCUACUCGCAAAAAAUCUUAGGAUAGAGAUUAAUUUAGUGGGGAAGAAUACAGAAAGGAAGGAACGAGGAGCGGAGAAGUCAUUCUUCCGACAAUCGGGAAAGUACAUAUUGGUUUGGUUUGGUUUGGUUUGAAUUCUGAAUCAUGAGCUCAUGUUGUUGCCUUGUUUUCAAGUCAUCCCCUCCCAAUGAUGGCUGGACAUCAUUUUAAAGUGGAAUAAGAUUCCCGCCCCAAGGAUGUUUUUGCAUCUAAUAUAGAUUCUGUGCAAAUUGGUUAGGUGCUCCAAGCACAUUUUAGCUCUUCAGAGCACAGUUAAUGGGAUCAUGCAUGUCUGUAGUCCUGUCCUUCCAUCUUUCUCUUCUUUGCCUUGUUUAGCAAUUGCUGUACACCCUUAGGCCUAGGACACCUGUGCAGGUUCUUCCUCUCUCCUCCCUCGCCUCCUGAAUUUCAAAUAUCAAGUUUGAUGUUUCCCCCCCAAUUCGGUUGUGACAGGAAUGUACAAGAUGCACAGAAAACUGCAUUGUUCAGGGUGGAGACUUUGUAAGAUGGGUGCGGGCUUAUCCUAUGCAGGCAGGGCCCAAAGGAAGGGUGAGAAAUCUGGCGCAUUUCAGAUGUUGUUGGACUCUCCCUUCCCCUCAGCCCCACCUAGCAUGGCAAAUCAUGAGGGAGGAUGGGAAUUUGAAUUGAACAACCUCUGGAGCACCACAGCUUCCCCACGCCCACUGUGCUGAAGUCUCAUAAAACAUUUUUGUGGGUCUGUGCAUGUUCAUUUGCGGCACCUAAGGAUAUCUGCUCAGAUGACAGGGCUGCCAUACAUCUGGAAGGUCCCGGACAUAGCUGGAAGUCUACGUUCCUAAAAAAUAGCUAAAAACUUUAAUUUUGGGGGUGAUUUUGCACACAAAAAAUAAAACAACUUUUGGGUAAAAAAAAAGGAGGGGGGAGGAAGGAAGGAAGGAUGGACUUUGCCCCCAAAAGCUCAACUUUUGUGUCCGGAUUUUCACAUUUUGAAAUAUAGCAACCCUAUCAGAUGGCAAUCUCCAGAUUUAUAGAAGCUUUAUACCUGAUCAAGUGAUCCUUUAUAAGGAAUUUCCAACAGCCAGGUUUCUGUAUUAUUUCUUUAUCUGAAGUGGCAAGAAACAAAUCGCUGCAAAAUAUCAGUUGUUCAGUCCUCAUCUAUAAAGUGGUAGUCGUGAUUCUUAUAUCUGACACUGAUGAUUAACGAGUUGGGGUGCAAUCCAGGAAUUAGGCAUAUGGAAGCAUUUGGAAAUCUGUGUAGCUUAACAGCACUUACACGGAAGGACUUACGCAUGCAUAGUUUUCACUGGUAGAUUGCACUGUUAGUGAGUUCACUGUAAAGUGCAAUUUUAAUGAGACACAAUCUAUAUUGUAGUGCUCCAAGGGAGUUUGUGGUAGUGGUGCUGCUGAAACCCCUGCUGUGGUUGGUUGAACUGCCGUGAUGUCACAGAGAGCACUCCUGGGCAGAAAGAAGAAAGAAAGGGUCUCCAUUGGCUGAGUCGCUGAGAAGGAGGCAAAGACAGGCAGAAGGGGUUAAAAGAAGCAGCAGCAGGGGCUUAGGAAAGGAAAAUGCAAGGGACCCGAGAAGGCAGCAGGGCAAGGGAAGCUGGGAGAGAGAUCUAUGAAAGAAGUGUGGAAGGGGGAAAGGUGUUGAAUAAUAUUACAAGAGAAGAAGUUUGUGGCAGGGAGAUGAGUGAUAAGGAAAACUGGUGGAGUACAGAGGGAAGAGGUGCCUGUGGUCAGGAGUUGCAAAGCUGAGAGAGAGAGAUGUUAGUUUUGAAAUAACCAGCCUAAUAUUUGGCCCCAGGCCUCUAGUUUCUGUUAGAUGUCUUUAUUCCAACACCACCCCUCCUUGCACACUUUAUUUGGACCUGCCAUUAAAGGAUCUGAAACAUCUCUUGCACAGAUCAUACUGUGGAUUGGCUUGGGAGUAUUGGUCAUUAGCACGUAUACCACCUUAUCAGCAACUGAAGACAUCCCAGGAAAAAUAGAAGCGGUGGAACCAGGCAAGCUCGCAGCUGAAAUAAAGAAAGUGUCGGAUCAGGACUCUGUGAAAAUCUCAGGUACGUGCCGCUGUGUUUGGGUGUGCUGCUGUCGCCUUAUCUCAGGGGUUUGAGCAAUAGAACUCCGCUGCCCCCUUCACGCCCUCAUCAAAUCUGCUGCGGAGGGUUGAGCAGGGCUGCCAUAGGUCUUGAAUUUCCUGGACAUAUCCAGGAUUCGUCUGCCGGAAAAAACGUCCAGGCGCAUGGCAGCCCAUAUUGGAAGUGAUUUUCCUAAAAUAGCUAAAAAAACUUGGGGUGGGGUGGGGUGGAGAUUUUGCAAAAAAUAAAAAUAAAAUAAAGCUCAACACAUUGCCAUAUUUUCACUUUUUGAAAUAUGACAACCCUAGGGUUGGGAGAAUGUCUAGCACCGAUUUAGGGGGUGCGCCGGGGGGGGGCGGGGAGAAGAGUGGGAGGACAUUUACUGGCGGAAGAAGAGGCUUAGCCUUACGUUGCGUUCCAUCCCCAGCUCCAAAAGAGCUGAACAAAUGGAUCCUUUUCAAUACUCCUGUAUUGCCUCGUCUGCAUCUCUGCAGGGUGGUUGUACCCUCCAGACAAUUAAAAAAUGGGUUUUCAAGAAAGGGUAAAUGGUUGUCAUCUCAGUUGUUUUCUUGAUAUUGUGUGUGUGUGUGUGUGUGUGUGUGUGUGUGUGUAUAUAUAUAUAUAUAUAUGUGUGUGUGUGUGUGUGUGUGUGUGUGUGUGUGUGUGUUUUGAGAUGGCUUUUUAGUAUAUUAUUGUCCUUUUUGGGGGGAGAUCUGCAACGUGGGGAGGCCACAGCUUACGGUGCCCCCUGGUGAAUUAAGUUAAGAACUACACAAGCGCCCGUUAUCAAAGACUCUCUGUGAAGCCUUGAGAUAGCACUGUCCAGGCCACCUGUAUGAAGGGCACUAGCAGCCAAAGCUGUGCCGUUUCAAGCCUCUCUACUGAUGAUGUAUUUCCCAAGGUUUCAAUAGUGGCCCAUUCAUCAUGCUCAAAAGUUAUGUAAAUUUAUGGGAGCCUCCUUUCUUUUUCCUUUCCUCGCCCCCCCCCCUUUAAAAAAAACAAAAACGUGGCAUGGAUAUAAAUUUGGAGCUAGUUUUCGUCCUGACAAAGGCUGCGAUUAUGCUUCAGCUUUGUUUACUGGCUUGCAUUAUUUAUUAUUUGUUUACUAAGGUUGCUGAUGGAAUUAUGGCUUGGCACAGCUGCAGUCCCACCUCACAAGGCCAUCGCAAGCAGGUGUCUGCUGCCCCUCGACUGCCCCUUAACUCAAGCAAGCCGUGUGUUGUUCUCCCCAUACACACCCCGGCACCCUCUUCACCUAUUCUUCUUGAGUUCACUGGUUUUUGUUGUUGUUUUGUUCCCAAGUGAUUUGAAAUAUCAUUGUGAAGACAAAGAAUGGAGGCAGUCAGAGGAAAGGCUUUAUUCUAUUCCCUUUGAGGCCUUUGCUGUGUUCCUGGUGCAGCCUGGAACUUUUCUGAUAGAGCCUUGACGAAGAAGUUCUUUCCUGGGGUUCACCAUCCCCAGCAAGUCUAGGCUUUUGUACAUUCCUUGCUUAGCUGCAAGGCAAUACCCUUCCUUCCCCUUCCUAUCGCACCCAUACCAUUUCGAAGAAUCAUAGAAUCAUAGAAUCAUAGAGUUGGAAGAGACCACAAGGGCCAUCGAGUCCAACCCCCUGUCAAGCAGGAAACACCAUCAGAGCACUCCUGACAUAUGGUUGUCAAGCCUCUGCUUAAAGACCUCCAAAGAAGGAGACUCCACCACACUCCUUGGCAGCAAAUUCCACUGUCGAACAGCUCUUACUGUCAGGAAGUUCUUCCUAAUGUUGAGGUGGAAUCUUCUUUCUUGUAGUUUGGAUCCAUUGCUCCGUGUCCGCUUCUCUGGAGCAGCAGAAAACAACCUUCCUCCCUCCUCUAUGUGACAUCCUUUUAUAUAUUUGAACAUGGCUAUCAUAUCACCCCUUAACCUCCUCUUCUCCAGGCUAAACAUGCCCAGCUCCCUUAGCCGUUCCUCAUAAGGCAUCGUUUCCAGGCCUUUGACCAUUUUGGUUGCCUUCCUCUGGACACGUUCCAGUUUGUCAGUGUCCUUCUUGAACUGUGGUGCCCAGAACUGGACACAGUACUGCAGGUGAGGUCUGACCAGAGCAGAAUACAGUGGCACUAUUACUUCCCUUGAUCUAGAUGCUAUACUCCUAUUGAUGCAGCCCAGAAUUGCAUUGGCUUUUUUAGCUGUCGCGUCACACUGUUGGCUCAUGUCAAGUUUGUGGUCAACCAAGACUCCUAGAUCCUUUUCACAUGUACUGCUCUCAAGCCAGGUGUCACCCAUCUUGUAUUUGUGCCUCUCGUUUUUUUUGCCCAAGUGCAAUACUUUACAUUUCUCCCUGUUAAAAUUCAUCUUGUUUGUUUUGGCCCAGUUCUCUAAGAGGAGGGGGGUGACGCUGAAUUCAAUUACAGAAUCUUGGAUAGUUUCAGAGCAUCAGCGGCUCAAGAAGCUCCCCAAACUGCCUCUUUAAAUGGCAGAAGAUCUCUUGCCGCUCGCAUCUCUUUCUCUGUUAACCUCAGAGGUGUGCGAGAAACUGGAAGGUGAUCCUUCUGCAUCUAAUUGAAUCUUGGACUCAGCCCGAUACUUGCCACCCGCUCUGAUUUUGCUAGGUGCUGGCUGACGUUAAAACAUGGCAGUGUGUUGCACUUUCAUCCCAAAGAGGGGUUUGUGUGUGUGUCCUGUGGGAUUUUCUUUAAAGGCCUGAGAAUUCCAGCUUUUUAAUUUUAGGAACGGAAAUUGCCAGCAUUUGAAAAUCAGCCAAAAGUUUGCUUGUUUGUUUUUGAACCCUCAGGUGCAUUGUAUUGCAGUUCUUACUACAGUGGUACCUCAAGUUACAUAUGCUUCAGGUUACGUACGCUUCAGGUUACAGACUCCGCUAACCCAGAAAUAGUACCUCGGGUUAAGAACUUUGCCUCAGGAUGAGAACAGAAAUCGUGCUCCAGCGACGCGGUGGCAGCAGGAGGCCCCAUUAGCUAAAGUGGUGCUUCAGGUUAAGAACAGUUUCAGGUUAAGAACAGACCUCCGGAACAAAUUAAGUACUUAACCCGAGGUACCACUGUAUUUCCUUAAAAAAAAAAAAAAAGCUAAAGGGUUAAAUAAAACAUGUCAUGCUGAAGGUGGCAAAUUUAGGAUAGGAAUAGCCUAUUAUAGAGCAUAGCUUGCUCACUAGCUGCAGCUCAAUAUCUUCCUGGCUAAUAAAACUCACGCGCAAAUUGUUAAUUGCAGGCCGCUGAAGUAUACAAAUUAGCUGUAGUCCUCCAGUUCAUAGUAUAUUUAUGAUGUGGCCCUCAGGGCUGUGUAGUUGUCCACUCUUGGAAUUAAGCAAGCUUGCAGCCUUGGAGGAAGAUGAAUCACACCUUUCACUUUGGGGGUGCAGCUGUGUAACCCUCCCUUUGCCUCACCCCCAUUCUAAUACGCAUGUUAGUACUGGAAUCUAGCUUGUCAGCUUUCCAUCCAUUUGUUACCUACCAAGGAGGGGUUUACACAGUCGACUGCCGGGACUGGUUUGAGGCCUCCGUUUUCAUCUGUGACGCUGACAAAUAUGAUCGAGCCACUCUCUCAUGCCACUUACUUUGUGUGUGAAUGUUGUUUGUGCCAACUGGAAUGUGAUAGAGAAAUGUAAGUGAGCACUUUAGCCAUUGUAGGCUUUGCAUUAUUUUACUUCAUUCUUCAUUCAUUCAUUCAUUUGUUCGUUCGUUCGUUCGUUCGUUCGUUCGUUCAGAUGUAGAGUCCCAUCUCCAAACCUCAGGGCAGGUAAGAGUUUGGGGGUGCAAGUGGGUAGGAGUGCAGAAAUAAGAUUAUUGCAUGAAAUCCUGCCCCACUUUGCCAAGUCUGCUGUGGGCCGGACUUCCCAAGCUCACAGUGGGCUGCUGCCAAGAGUAUGUUUCUCCUUGCCCUUGCUGACUGAACCUGACGCAGAGAUGGUAUCAUUAAAGGGCAUCCUUAGUAGACCUCAAAGAUUAUAAAGGAACUUGAGGGAGGGACUGGGGCUCAGUUGUUUAGGGUUUUGCCACUCACAACCAGCACUUCAAAUUGUGCCCAGGAGAGAAUAGGGAACCGGUUCCAAUCACAGAGCAUUGGUUUAACGUUCUCCUGGUGGCCCCAGCCAGCCAGCUCCAUUCCUGCCGCAGUAAAAAGUUCUGGAUUGUUGUCAAAGGUGGCCACAUGUUGUUGAGCUGUAGUUGGUUAGUCUAGUCUUGAGGCAACUGAGGAACGAUAGCCACUGGGGCCACUCUGAGUGGAAGGCUCACAAUUUUCUCUCUCCAGUCAGAAUGGGCGAGGAUGUACCCCUGGCCACCCCAGAACAAGUCGGUUUAAGCCACACGUGUACAAAAGCUCCCUCAGCUACACGCGAGAGGGAACAAUGCAGAAAAAUAGGCCCUGAGGGAAACCAAACAACAAUGAACCCAACUCCCAAGGCAUGCUGGGAGCGGCACCGUUCCACCGGAGUGGCGCUGCUUAUUCAUCGUGUUUCUGUUCCUCAUGAGAUUGCCUUUCAAGCAGUUGCUCUCUGUUCCUCGGCCACCUUCCCUCAACCGCUGCUUAUUCUGCUCCCCGGGCAGAUGCAUCCUGUCAUUCAAAGCAUGCAUGGGGCUGCAGCGUUGCUCGGCUGUCCCCGGCGCACACUCCUCCGGCCCACAUCUGUUUCUUAUUUCUUGCACGAGCCUCUCGCGGAAACACAUGGCUUUUCUCGUCAGGCAGCAUACAGUUUGUUUUUAUCCUGUCCCUGACUUUGGGCCCCUCCUGUCUUCCCCCCGCCCCACUUUAAUUGAUGGGUUGGUGUGUUGAGGCAAUCCCUACAGCCACCCUGUGCCUUUUCUUACCCUGCCUUUGCCAUGCGCCCCUUGCCUGUCAAGUGUGGGGCUUUUUUCGUGCGUGUGCGUGCGUGUUAUUGUUUUUUAUUGCCGCCUUUGAUGUUGCAGAGCCCAGAACUGUACAGACUUUCAUUAAAACCCUGCCCCAUGGGCCUGGGGAUUAUGAAUAUUAGAACGCUGCCCUUUUAUGUGAACACGUAUUGACCAGCGAACUUCGAAUAGUGUUUUCACUAACGACACCCAAGUGCCCAUUACGCCCCCAUCUGUAUUGCUGGGGGUUUACUGUCAGACGCUCUUUGGGAAGGUAUAAAACCCCUUUCAGAGAGGCUCUGCUAUUACACACAGUGCAUACGUACGUUAAAAGGUUGCUAAGCUGCCUUUGAAAGCACAUGAAGGCAAUUACCCACUUUUAAAAAAAAAAAGAAAAAGAAAAAAUCUAAUUAGGCAAUUUCUUUCUGCUUUUGAAAGAUACCUUCCCCUCCCCCAGAGGGUCUCCCUGGGCGGAUUAAGAUUUUGUAAUAUUUUUCAGCUCCUUACAUGAACAUCAUUGCUUAGAUUCCACCCCCUCUCCCUCUUUCCUCAUCUCUCUGUGAUUUUCUAUAUCAAAGACUUGAUUCACGUUCUUUCUGUGCUCUUUCCCUGACAGUUUCAGACAGUCAUUUAAGCAGCCCAAAUUGGCCGCAGCGUUUUGUUAUAUUUUAUCUAUCCACUCGGAUUCCCCUCCCCCUUUUUUUGCAUCUGAUGAGACAUGGCUCUAGCUUGGUGUCUUGUGUGCGCUGCUGGUCUGUUUAAUUUAUGGUCGUCAUGUGCAGUUAUCGGUGAGAGCUUGCAGUCCUGACAUCUGCGUUGCAUGCAGGCCAGAGGGAAUAUAGGGAAGGAUGGGGGGGGCGGGGAAUGCAACACAAGCUUCUAAACUUGCACCUGUGGCAGGCAUUUUUGGAUACACCUGCCUUGUCAUCCCUGUCUUCCUCCCCACCACCAGAUUGCUUGUGGUUAUUCUUCAGACGAGAAUCCCGGGUUCUGUGCGAAACGUGGAUUAUGCACCGUUUCCCCCCUCGGCUUCUAAUAGCUGCUGGAACAGCUUGGCUCGCUGGAGCACUCCCUUGUGCUUUGGGAAGAGCAAUCUUUUAAUAGCUCCUGCGACACAGAAAAAGGAGCUAUUGCCCUGCUGUCAUUUUUUGUUCAGUUUUACAGUCUGUGUGUCAGGAGAAAAUGGUGAACUAGUUUCCCCGAUGCCAUUCAGUAACCUUGCGAAAGCUAGCAGCUACGGUCUGUACUUCUUGGGGGAAGUCCCUCUCCUCGUUCUUGCCAGGCAUGUGCUUGCAGAAUCAUCUGCAGCCCCAUUUUUGGCGGCCGGGGGGGGGGGUGGGCCUCUGCAAAAUGCAGUCCGAUCUUGGAAUGUCGCCCAUGCUAGAGACUCACACACAAGUCAGGAUCUGGGCUAACACUGCAGCAUGAUACACUGAGCAUCCUAAGAAGGACUUUGGAAAGACGUUUCGCUGGAGGUUCCCACCACCCCACCCCCUGGUCCCUGUUUUAAAAUGCAUGGCGCAUGACUGUCACCUUGCAGGCUAGGGAUCAGAACUGGGCAACCCAAGCUGAUCCUUUCACCAUACCUAUUCCUCCUCCUUCGUAUCCCAAGAAAGCCAGAGGUAGCCAGUGAAGUACUCUGUAAUGCACCUGAGUUAUUCCCAGCUUGGAAAACAUCUCACUGGGGAAAAGACUUGUCCUGCUGAUUGAUUAAAGUCCCGUUGUUCUCUUAAAUACUGUGGGGUACAUUUUCGCCAAAGGCCUGAUUUAUCAAAUGGAAGGAAUUACCCCCUACUUUCAGAUGAAUUAACUUUGAAGGCAUCUGAAGUUGUGCAAUAAACAAACCGUUCUCUUUUUUCCUCCCUGCCUAAAUAAUUGCCACUGUCCGCUGUCUUCACCUCUCUCUGUCUCAGAAGUAUCUCGUGUGUUUAGCAACUUGUGCUGUCGGUACUCCAUGUUGUGCCAUUCAGAAUUGUGCAGGUUAUUGAACUUUAACUUUCAUAGUCGCCCUCCCCAAAGUGUUGACAGUUUCAGAUUUGCACAUGAGAAAAGGUGCUGCCAGUGGGCAUUAUACCUGCCCUGUAUAAAUAACAUCUUAGCUCCAGAUGAUUUUUCUCCCCUUUCACAGUCCUUUGAACCAUUGGCGAGAAACAAGGCGAUUUGGAACAAUAAGCACUGGGCAGAAUUUGUGUUGUUCUGUGUUUCCAUUAAUAGAAGCUUUCUCUUGUGAGCCUAGUCCAAGAGAUCGAGAACAGCAUUUCUUCUCCUGCUUCUGUCCCCAUCCCUUUCCCAAAAUUGAUGGGCGCCUUGGGAACAUCUGCAGUAUAUGGUGUGGUUUGCUUGCUUGAGUACUUUGUGUUUAGUUUCCUAAAGCUUCAUUCUGCACAUACCUGUGUUGUUAUGGGACACUUUUUUAGUUUCUUGUGCCCUCUGCCUGUAGGACAUUUUAAUUGUUUGCUUGUAUUUCAGUUUAGCUGGAUGCCAAGUGUUAUAUUUCUCUGUUCUGUGAGUUAUUUUGUUAGGGACAUAUUGAUUGCAGAGGAUCUAACCUCAUGUCCCAGAGGCUGGUCUGUCUUACCUUCAUGGAUCUUUAGAGCCAAAGAAGCAUGUAAGUUGGUUAGCAACCUGUUUCUUUAUCCAAAAUCUGAAUUGAGUCAUGCAUGCUUAGAAUCUAGCAGCCAAAUAUUGAAAAAAACAACAACCUGAACAUCAGUGAUCCUAGAGAGGCGAUGCUGUUAAUAUUUGGAGUGGAUUUCUCUUUUAUAUACAACAAGGAUUAAACUUCAUUGAUCUCCUCUUCAGAAACUGAGUUUUGAACAGGCUGACCUCUUCAGAAACCGAGUUUUGAACAGGCUGACCUAUUCCUAGGAGAGAGAUCAAUGGAAGCAGACAUUCAAAAUGGAACCCUUUUGUAGCUGUCAUCUCCUUAUAAUAGAUAGAAAAUGCCAACGUUUUCUGCCCAAUUGGUAGUUCCCCAUCCCACCCUCUGUUGCUCACUUUCUCCACUUUCCGUGACAUGGGUAGCCCAACUUCUGAACAGAAGAAAAGUUUGGCUUCUUGACACAUUCCUCUCCUUUCUCAGGAUCCCAGGGCCCAGUUAAAGGUCAGUGGGAGGAGAGGCUAUGUCAAAUGAUACUGUAGGAUGCUCACCUUAAACUGCAGUUUUGCUGCCUGUGAAAUGAGUAGAUGUUUAUGCACUUUCCUUUGUACACUUUCCUCAGUCUUUUGUUGUUGUUUAGUCGUGUCUGACUCUUCGUGACCCCAUGGACCAGAACACACCAGGCACUCCUGUCUUCCACUGCCUCCCACGGUUUAGUCAAACUCAUGUUGGUAGCUUCGAGAAUACUGUCCAACCAUCUCGUCCUCUGUCGUCCCCUUCUCCUUGUGCCCUCCAUCUUUCCCAACAUCAGGGUCUUUUCCAGGGAGUCUUCUCUUCUCAUGAGGUGGCCAAAGUAUUGGAGCCUCAGCUUCAGGAUCUGCCCUUCCAGUGAGCACUUAGGGCUGAUUUCCUUCAGAAUGGAGAGGUUUGAUCUUCUUGCAGUCCAUGGGACUCUCAAGAGCCUCCUCCAGCACCAUUAUUCAAAAGCAUCAAUUCUUUGGUGAUCAGCCUUCUUUCCUAGUCCCUAACAUUUCUUCCACCACAUAUAGUAAAUUGCUUCUCAGACUGCCCAGCUAAACUGUUCCUUUUCUGUUUUAUGAGGAAAGAUAAUUUCUGAGCAGCAAGGAGUUAUUCUGGGUUUGUUUGUUUUUUAGAAAACAUUGGUUGAAAUGUUUUCCAGCUCUAUGUCCCAUUAAUGCUCUCCCAAGUUGUCCACUAACACAAACCGGUUUGAUCAGGUUACGCCAUCUUAGAUGCCUGAAUCGACUGUAAUGCAGCAGGAGCUGUGGGCAGGAAUCUGGCGCGAGCCACACCUUCCUGGGAACAUUGCUGCUAUCCUAGUCUGAUUUCUUGGAGAGGGAAAAGGAAAAGCUUUUAGGGUUGCUCAUGAUGAGAUUUUAUUACGUCCCCGAGAGACUGAUUCGUGAACCAUUAAAAUAAAUGGGGACACUUCGAAAGCCCGUGAGAAACGUCCCCAUCCUCACCCAUGUUGCAAUGCAGACAGAGUAGAAUGAUUUAGCUUGGGCUGGCUCUGUGUGCACCAUCAUUCAGUCUUCAGCACUUGGGCUUGCUCCCAACAUUUGGGGUUUUUCCUUCCUCCCCCCCUCCACGCUUUGCCCGCCCAACUCUUUAGCCCUGAGAUAUAUAUAUUCUGUUGUUUUUGUAAGCCAAGAAGCUUUUACAGCCUCUUCGCCUUUUCCUGUUAAGCCCAGCACCCCUCAUAAAACAUUAAGAGGCACAGCAUUACUGUAACAUUAUCCAAAGGGACCACAAGGGCGACUCUACAGUUUCAGCGAUUAUUACACAUCCUGGGCAAAAUGGUUCUCUGCAAACCACAUAUAGCCCCUUAUAGAUUUCCAAGCAGCGUGAGAGGCCAUUAAUUCACGCCCUGAUGAUGAACUUAAUUUUGCUUCCUGCUGAGAAAAUGACGGCUUAGAGGCAACUUUGUCUUAUUACAGAGUGGAGAAUUUUAUCUCUCUCCUUUUGUUUUGCGCUGUGUGUGUGUAUGUAGAGAGAGAGAGAGAGAGACAAAGUGUGUGUGUGUGUGUGUGUGUGUGUGUGUCUGUCUGUCUGUCUGUCUGUCUGUCUGUCUUCCUGUUAGAUUUGUAACUCGGUGGCUAUCCUUGGAUCGGCCAUUGCUACAAACUGCAGAAGCUUCUGCAAGGAAUUUAAUUUUAUCACCAAGACCUUGGUCUUUUCACCUGCUCUGGAAUGCUGGGCGGCCGCAAGCUUUAUUUUGUACAGGUUGCCCUCCUAAACUCCCGUGAAAUGCAGGAAAUAUAGAGAACAUUCUCUGUUUCUUCUUAGUUUUCUAUUCCCCCUCUGAUAAGGUGGGAGUCUCAGUGGUGUUACUUUAUUAAUGUUUUGGGUGUGUUUACUGGUGCGGAAUGUAACUAGCAAACUUCUGUCCAAACCUCUGGCCUUGCAGCUGCACAGCAAGGUUUCUCCAAAGUUAUUCAUAAUCACAGUCAUCAUCGUCCCCUUUUAAGGGCUGGGGAGAAGAAGGUCCUUGCAGUCUGUGGGACUGCAGACAAGGCAGGGAGUUUGCUUAGCUUUAUGUAAAAUGAAAUGCAUUAAUUUUUGUUUAAAGCAAAUUCCACUAUAUGGCAAAAGAAUGCCUAUUGGGCAGUGUGUCUCCAUGACUUAGGACUGGUCCACGCACAGUAUUUUUCCUGUGUGGGCCUUUCGGGUGGUGGAGCAUACGCCAUUGUGUUGGGAAGAUUACAUGCCCUGUUUUACAUAUGUUAGGAAGCAGCAAUGCAGCAAGCUUCCAAACGCAUGUAGAUAACAAAAGGAGACGUUUCAUGUGGCUAGUGGGCCUCAGCACUAGAGGAUCGGGCUUCCGAAGAUCAGAGAACUUAGGUAUCCUGCAUGCUCCUUGAUGGCUCCUGGUGCCAGUCCUCUUGGCCGUUCAUCUCCUUUUAAAUCCAUACUGCAUUUGCUCCUCCUUUUAGGCCUCUGUUCCUUAACACCUCCAACCCCCAAAUAUCCAAGUUAUGUGGGCAAAAGCCGAUAGACUGUUCAACAGAGAGAAAAUAUGAAAAUACAGCGACUUGUUAGAAAUUUGCAUAACUUAUUCUGAUUGCUAAGUGUUGGCUUUCAGCAGCACGGGUGCUGAGUGGAGUCUUGCAGGUCCUCUGCCUUCAUUUCUGCGCAAAAUGAUGUGAGCUCCAUUUCCGGCUGUAAACACAAGACCACAGGGAAACAAUAGAAACUUAAGAGUUGGCAGGGAUCCCAAGGGUAAUCUAGUCCAAACCCCUGCAAUGCAGGAAUCUCAGCUAAAGCUUCCAUAACAGAUGGUCACCCAACCUCCGUUUAAAAACCUCCAAGGAAGGAGAGUCCACCACCUGUUGGGAUACAAGUACUGGGGAAUUGAGAAAUCUGUGCUGCCCAUAUUCUGCCUAGGUUCCUGUAGACCACCCAAUGCUGCCUUGUCGUAUCUGGCAGCUUCUACAAGGCUUUAUCAAACUUCCCAACCUGCCAGGUUCCUCUGACCCCUCAAAGGGGCCAGGGCAGCAAAGCUUUGAAGUAAGAGUUUGGUCAUCCUGUGCUGCUGGAAAGGGCUCUAGCUCAAUGGUGGAACAUCUGCCUUCCAAUCAGAAGAUCCAGGUUCAAUCUCCAGGUAUGGCUUGGAGAGAUCCCUGCUUUGAAUCCUGGAGAAGCCACUGCCAGUCAGUGUAGACAGAAUUGAGCGAGAUGGACCCAAUGGUCUGACUUGGUAUAAGGCAGGCAUAGGCAAACUCGCCCUCCAGAUGUUUUGGGACUACAAUUCCCAUCAUCCCUGACCACUGGUCCUGUUAGCUAGGGAUGAUGGGAGUUGUAGUCCCAAAACAUCUGGAGGGCCGAGUCUGCCUAUGCCUGGUAUAAGGUUCCUUCCUGUGUUCCAAUGCCGGUAUUGGUUGUGUAGUUCCACCCCCAACAGUUUCUCUUCACUUUGAACGUUCUCACUGUGCCAGGGGCCCUGCUCUCUUCUUUCUCAGAGACAUUUGCCUCUGGGACACGUUGCCUCUGGGACACAAUUCCAGACUGCGGAGCAGAGGAGGAAGCAAUACCAGUAGCCUGACCCUCUGAGCCAAGCAGCAGUUGGUUUCACGUGACUGUGCUUCUUUGCAAAAUUAUUCCCCGACUUGCUUUCGUGUGCACCUUGGGGGCUUUUCCCCAAGCUCUCUGUGGGUGUUUUGUGCCAGUUUUUGCCCCUUCUUACCUGGCUUGCAGCGGUUUUCAGCCGUUGCAUUCUGUUGCCUAGAGCCCUCCUUCUCACAGAGGUGGUAAAACUGAGCCGUACCACUUCAGAUGGCAGGUGGGAGCUCAAAUAGUGAAAUGGUUCCCCUUGAGAAAGAAGACUCCUACACAUAAAAGAGCAACAUUUCUGGGAGAACGCUAGGCCAAACCCCUCAUCCUUGUCAUGCUAGCUAUGUGGGCAGAUGCUUAAAGUUUCUGUAAAUCCCCACCUGCAAUUUGAAGUGGCACAUCCAGACACAGGGUAAGAAUUUGGCCUAGAUGUGAUGAACUAUGUGUGUUCGGAUAUCCCACUAUCUUUGUGCAGAAUUUGGUAUUGGGUGGCGCUGUGGUCUAAACAACAGAGCCUAGAGCUUGCCGAUCAGAAGGUCGGCGGUUCAAAUCCCCACGAUGGGGUGAGCUCCCGUUGCUCGGUCCCUGCUCCUGCCAACCUAGCAGUUCAAAAGCAUGUCAAAGUGCAAGUAGAUAAAUAGGUACCACUCCGGCAGGAAGGUAAACGGCGUUUCCAUGCGCUGCUCUGGUUUCACCAGAAGCGACUUAGUCAUGCUGGCCAUAUGACCCGGAAGCUGUCUGCAGACAAACGUCGGCUCCCUCGGCCAAUAAAGCAAGAUGAGCACAGCAACCCCAGAGUCGUCCGUCACUGGACUUAACUGUCAGGGAUCCCUUUACCUUUACCUAAAGAAUUCAGCAUCCGUGCUAUUCUUAGCUUUUCCAUUUCUCCUAUAUUACAGGUUUCUAGUUGCUAGGAUUGUGGAGACUAGACUGUGAAGAAAAGUUAGGAUCAUUGUGUCUGGGUGAAAUUGCAAAUGCUGAGGGGAGACGGCUAAGCAGUAUUUCCAGGGGGUGGUGAGACUUCGUUGCCUUGUUUAAAUCUGUAUUUCCGCUCCUGAAUAGCACAAGCAGAAUAAAUCAUGCAAAAUAAACAAAUGUAUGCACGUUGAUUUACUUCGUGUUUUUAUAAGGGUCUUUAUUUUUAAUGCAGCGUGUACAUAGCCCUAACUCCCUGCAUGCUCACACCACAGAAAUAAACACACUUAUUCAACUAUGCACACAUGCAUCUUCUCUAUUUCCUUGCUGGGUGAGGGGAGAAAGAUUUCCCCUGGAAAGCAGGGCUAGUGCUAGGUUGCCAUUGUUGGGCAUCUGCCAAGGCUGCACACUGCUGCAGCCCACAGCGACCCCCAGAACCUCCUGACCCAGCUGCUCCUUGUUCUCACUUCCUGCUCACCUGCUACCUCUGAGCGUGCAAGUAGUGACACAAGAAGGAGCAUCAGCAUCCUCUGCUUGCCUUGCAUUCUCCCUUUGGGCAGCGGUGUGAUUUUAUUGGGCAGAAGCAAAGAGGUGAGCCCACUCAGAGAGGAGGACCCACAGAGGACCUCCUUUCAUGGAGGAUAAUGCUGCAGGAGGCAGUAAGCCUCCAAAUACUGUUCACCGGGAAUAUUAGGUGCAGGGAGUGCUGUUGCACUCAGAUCCUGUUUGGGGGCAUCUCAGAAGCUUCUGGUUAGACCAGAACAGGACAUGGAAUUAGAUGGGCAUUUCAGCUGAUCUGGCAGAGCUCUUAUUGGUUACUUACGUUGCACAGGGCAAAGCUAGGUUUUAGUUCACCUGGGUCCAAAACCUAGUUCGGCACACACCCCACAGUCAUUUGCACGCAUACACAGGCUGGGAGUCUCAAUGGCGCCCCUCUGGAGACUUCACCCGGAGCAAAUUGGACGCUCGCUGCUCCCAGCCUCUCAAAACUACCUCUGUAUACCUGCUGGAAGUCCUCUGCCCCCGCUUGGAAGCGUAGGUGUAAGCAGAGUUUUAAUUCCCAGGAGGAGGCGAGAGUGAAAAUGGCACAGGGUGGAGUGUAAGUGUGAAAAUGUCUAUUUCAGACUUAACCGUGCAGGAAAUGCUUGGCGCGAUUUCAGCUGCUGCCAGGAGCGAGGGAACAGUCAGGGCAUGCUCUGCUCUGCUUGCAGAACUGCAUCCUCUGGGCCCCUGGUGACUGGGUAGGAAAAUGCAACGUCUUAUGGCAACUUCCCCGACCUGGUGCCCUCCAGAUGUUUUAGACUGAUUCCACGAGGCCCGGCAAGCACAGCUGGAAGGCAGCAGGCUGGGAAAGGCUGGUUUGUUGCUUUCCUGGCAAGGGGUGGUGGUUGGUGGUACUUACCAUUUGACCGAAAAGCAGCCGUGAGCGAGAUGGGUAUGCCCCCCUCAUGUGCAUCUCUUGAGGUAGGGAGCCAAGGGUUCGGCCUGCAGAGGUUUGGCUUUUUUUAAACCAGGGCAGGAGUCUCUCUCUCUCUUGUUUGCUGCAGGCUGCCUCCCUGCAGAGUGGUAAUCUAGGGUAAUUGCAGGCUUUAAACCGAGGUAUUAUUGGGAAAGACUGGAGCCUGCUGUGUGCUCCCCCUGUUCCCCACUUUCUAGCCAUGCUGUUUGUUUUGUGCAAUGAUCUUUGCAAGCAGAGAGGGAUCUGCUGGCGAUUCCUACAGGAGGAUGCAGUGAAUUAACAGGCCCCCAAACUGCCGCUUGUGUUUCUUUCUGGCAGCUUUUCAAGCUUUCUUGGUCCUCUCCCAUCUGGGGAUUCCUUUUUUUGUGUGUGCUUGUUAUAUCUUCCUCGCCUGCUGUGACUGUUUUCUUCCUCUGCCCUUUUUAUUGUGGAGGCCGUGUAAGCCAAUCCCCUGUUAUGUUUCCUCCUGGUUGCUAACCCCAGCAGGUGAGUUCCCUUGGCCAUGCCUGGCUUCUUCACUGUGCCUGUCCUGCUGCUUGACAUGCACAGAAUGCAAAUGAGCAAGAGCAAUGCUGCCAUCUAGUGGCUCCAGCAGCAGCAUCUCAUUUGUUCUUAGUAAGUGCAGCGCUGUGGGUUAAACCACAGAGCCUAGGGCUUGCCGAUCAGAAGGUUGGCGGUUCGAAUCCCCAUAACUGGGUGAGCUCCCAUUUCUCAGUCCCUGCUCCUGCACACCUAUCAGUUCGAAAGCAUGUCAAAGUGCAAGUAGAUAAAUAGGUACCGCUCCGGCGGGAAGGUAAACGGUGUUUCCGUGCGCUGCUCUGAUUCGCCAGAAGCGGCUUAGUCAUGCUGGCCACAUGACCCGGAAGCUGUACGCCGGCUCCCUCGGCCAAUAAAGCGAGAUGAGCGCCGCAGCCCCAGAAUCGGCCACGACUGGACCUAAUGGUCAGGGGUCCCUUUACCUUUACCUUUAAGUGCAGCACAGGGGGGGGGGACUUAGGUGAAUGGAGGAAAUCCAUGACCAGAUCGCCCAAUGUUUACUUGUUCAAUGAAAUGCAGCAUGUGGGUGGGUGGGGGAGCUGUUAAACAACUGAAAAGGCACAAGGGAAGUGUGGGGAGCUCCAAUGCAAUUCCCCCAAAUUUGCUUCCUCUAGUUUCUGUUUGACGUGUAGUCCUCCCCCACCUACCCUAGGUCAAAUAGCAGUAGAGUGGAAUUUAGAUCAGGGGUGCAAGAGAAAAGGGUCAAACCGCAUUGCUGCUCCAAUCAAAUUGUCAAUACCUCUCCUGCACAGCUGCAUUUAACUAAGAGCAGAAAGCAAGAGGGGAUCCAGUUGCAGAUCUCCUGUGCAAUGCGCAGUUUGGCCUAAGCCAGCUCAGCAGUGCAAGAAUCUUGGCCUUCCUUGCUCGCUUAACCAUCUCCGCCCUUUUCAGACCAGAAACCAGCCAUUGAAGAAGCAGCCGAUGGCCGCGACAAACCCAAAUUGCAGAAUGGGAAUGAAGAGCUGGAAAAGGCACAGAUCUUGGAUCCCAUGGAUGUGCCGAAGAGAGGCGAGAAGGAGAAGCCGAAAGAGGAGGUGCAGCUGGACCGGCCUGACCAAGGUAAUUUAGAAUUGGAGCUGGGGAAAGUGAGAGACUGCCUGUGAACUUCGCCAAUUCCACAGCUCUUCCUGUAGUUCCUAAUUCUAGUUUAAUUUCAUCUUCAGCCAGGUAGAUGAGAUAGCAGGGAGUGACACCUUCCUUUGCAGUGCAUCCUCUGCUCUUUGCUGGCUGACCCACCUUCCUUCUCUCCCCACAGGCAUUGCACAGCCUGUAGGAGAAGCCCACCGCCACGAGCCCCCGGUGCCACAUGACCAGGUCUUGGUGGAUGAGGGCCAGGACCACGAGGAGCCUGAAGACAAGCAGCCGCCAGCCAAGAAGAACGACCUGGCGGAGGGGAAUGCUGUGUUGGGGAAGGAGCAGGAAGAGGCACAGCUGAAGCCCGUUCCUGAACAGGCAAAGGGAGAAGGUGGCCAGAAAAAGGUGGAGGACCACCCAGGGAAAGAACCCAAGCCUCCUGCACAUGAGGAUGAACGCCCCCCUUACAAAGACAUCCAGCUGGACCAGCAUGGCGAGAGGGAUGGCUCCCGCCUGCAGCAAGCUGAACACUUGAAGGAAAAGAUGCAACCUGAGAAGGAGAUUGAGACAGGUAGGUUCCUUCCCCCUGCAUCUUCCCAGGGAGUUCGUUUUUAUCCCUUGGGACCCUGAGAUAUUUUGCAUUUCUGCAGUUAAACCGCAAAUCAGUGCAGCGCUUGGCUGUUGUCGCAGAAUUCUGGAAGAGGGCACCGCUGGCUGCAGGGGCACCUGAGUUGCACACAGCCGGAGCUUCCAAAGGCUCAAUAAAUCACUUGCUUUCCCUUUCCCGGUGCUUAUCCAUAGCUAACCCCUCUCGCCACAUGACCUCUGCCUGCCCAUCCCCAGAGCCAAAUUUGCACUGGCAUUUUCCUCCUGCCCAUGCCAAAAAAAGGAAAAGAUAAAGAUCCACAUCCUACAGCAAGACAACACAGUUUCUGCCAUCUCGAGUGAAGUAAAAAGGGUUUGCUUCCUUUGUAUAGUCAUACCUCGGGUUACAGACGCUUCAGGUUGCAUUUUUUUGGAUUAUGGACUGCCGAAACCUGGAAGUACCGGAAUGGGUUACCUCCGGGUUUCGGCAGUCACGCAUGUGCAGAAGCGCUAAAUCACGCUUUGCGCAUGCGCAGAAGCACCGAAUCGCAACCUGCGCGUGUGCAGACACGCCGCUGUGGGUUGCGAACAUGAAUCCCGCACGGAUCAUGUUUGCAACCCAAGUGUCCACUGUACCUCGCUUUUAAUGAGUCUUUAUAUAAGGGAAUUUUCCAAUGAAGAGUUCUCAGGCCCCCUGCUCAGCCACUGCCUGCAUUGUAAGUGUGGCUGGAUUGGUUCGCCUCUUUUAGUCAUUGCUGGGGUGCGUGCAACGAAUUGCCUGGCACUGUCAGAUCCUGCAUUAUCUACUUCGCAGUAGCUUGCUCACUUGCAAAAGCAUCAGGUGCUGUGCUGUGCUGCUCACCAGGGACCCAGGGCUAGAAGAGCUCGACAGGUGCCACAUUGCUAAGUGCCCACUGCGAAGCUCUGUAGGGUUAGGGUUUGCAUUUCAAUGGGCUCGGGCAGUUAGCCCUGGUUUUGCUGCCAGCAGGCUCUAGCGCUGUUAAAUAUUUUUAUGACUUUUUCUGCAGUCAUCAAGUUGGAUAAAAGCGGUGUGCAGAAUGGGGAGGGGAGGCGGGGGUGGAGAGGCAGAGAACAUCUGUCGCUUUCCUUUCCCCAUCAAGGAGUGUCUGUCUGUCUGUCCCUGGUAUGCAGGUGAAAAAAGGGAGCUGCCUGCUCCAGAGAGGCCGGAGCCAGCCCAAGCGGAGCAGAGGGAGAUUCGUAAUGCGGAGGAGAAUGCAGACAGCAAGCUGGAGGGUAAGCGCUGUCCUUGCUCUGCCCCCCAGAUGCACACUCUGGGGCUCCCAUCUGCCUCCCCGGCAGCCCUGGGUGUGUGUGUGUGUGUGUGUGUGUGUGUGUGCGCGCUCAGCUCGUAGUUUCCGUGAAAGAAAGGAACAACCCAAUCAAGGCUAGGUUUGCAAGGCCAGGUCAUCUUGCCUUGGCGUAAUCUUGGGAGUUUGUAAUCUGAGGCUGCAGCCACCUGGGCACCACAAUCCCAUCGGUGCCAUAAGCCAACUGUGAAAGCGAUAGCGCUUCCAGGAGAAAAUAGCCGCCCCUGCUUGUAAUGGAGAGCACACUCCUCUCUCUAUUCAAGGUUGCUCUGAAAGGGGAACAGCUCCCCUGGAAAAAAAAGUCCGUUCCCCUGCUCCAAGCAGUCUGCACCUGGAUUGAUUUAUCAUGCUGUUAUCCUGCUUUAUAGCCCCGAGAGACUCCCAGAGCAGCUCACGAAAGAUUUGCACAGUCCAGUCCCAAGAAAGUUUGUAUAUAAUAGUCACAUGGUGCCCAGGUUUAUUCAGGCACUAUUUGCCACCUUCAUUCUUGCUCUUCCCUGGUUAUCACCAGGCAGCAGAACCAAUGGGGAUCCCUAGAGCAAGCGAGGCUGAGCUGCUGGACCUUACUCAGCCCAUGAUGGAGCCAGGUCUUCCUUUGCUGGUAGUUGGCAGUCUUCUGAUGGCCUGAAACAAGUGGACUUUCUUUCACUCUUUUGUUUCUCUGUAAGCAAGGGGGAAGAUAUUCCUUGGAUACAGGAGAUUUUCUCCUUUCUGCUGGUUUCUCCCUUCCCUUUCCCUCGCAAUGCUUUUAAAGGCCACUGACACAGAGAUUGCUCUUGGACACAGGAGCUCUUUCUUAGUCAAAACACACAGCCUCGGGCUCUGCUGAUCUGGUGAGUGAAGCAUAACCUCAGAGCAGGUCCUUGCCGGAAGUCCUCCGGUCCGAGCUUUUAAGCUGUUACUGUAGAAAUCUGAUACGACAGAAAAAUGGGGGCUUCCUAGAAUUAGAUGUGCUCUCUGCCAGUCCUCUCGUGUACGGAUGCCUCUGACAAAUAAGGAGAUUCUGGGCAGAGCAGCUCCCGGCAAUCGCAUGGAAAAGAUAGUGUCCCUUUAUCAGUCCAAAGCACUUGACUCUCCCAUUUCAGUGUAACUCUCUGGGGCAAUUAGCUUUGCACCCAGUCCCAUCUUGCAGGACCGCAGCUCAGUGGCAAAGCAUCUGUUUUGCAUGCAGAAAACCCCGGGUUCGGUUCCCAGCAUCUGCAGGUAGAACUUAGAGAGAUCCCUGCCGAAACCCUGCACAACUGUUGCCCGUCAGUGUGGGCAGCAGUGAACUAGAUGAACCAGCAGUCCGGCUCAGUGUAAGGUUGCUUCCUAUGUUCCAUGUCAUGUUCUAGACUUCCAUACACUGCUGGCAGGUCUGUGGAUUAGUGGUGCACAGGGAUAGGUUUGCUUUCACAGUGGAGACGUUUUGGGCCUGUGAUGUGGGAACUGGGACUGUUCUCAGCAAAGGGAACAUUGGUGGUGAGCCACGGAGCGCUCUUCUAGAAUCGGUGGCAUUCCUGCUCAAACAGCAUAGCUAGCAACCUUAAUUAGGAAGUAGCAAGAGCCCUGAGAGUAAGCUACGAACUGAGUGUUCUAAAUAAGGUAAUACAAGGGGCCAUAUGGUCAGUGUGACCUCCAUGUAGGGAAAGGUAAGCUAGCAGGUGUCUCAUUAGCAAAUAUGUAACGGGAAAGAUGGGUAAAAGCUAUAGGGAGUUAACAGUAAAAAGGCGUGUUCUCUUACAUGAAUUCCUACGUGACAAUAGUGAUCACGCUAUGUAGAAACUUAGAAGUAUCUUUCGUAAUCGCUGAGCCUGAAUAAGAGAGAUUCCUAGGCAAGGCCGGUGUGCUUUUGAGAUGAGGGUGUCACAGUUUUUAAACUCCCUCCCCAUGUUAGACUUUGUACAGCACAUAAAAAAAGAUUGCAUUUAAACAUGUGUAGAGUGCCUUCUCAAAGAGGAGCGCCAAAUAUUCUCUACAUACCCAUGGGCACAAGGAAUUGAGCAUGGCUGUGAUUUCCUGACAAAGUGGAACCUCCCGGCAGCGCUCGUUUUGAAUUUUAAACCACGGCAUACUUUCAUGAAUCUGUGCAUAUGGAGGGGAGCAAAUGCACGUAUUUCCAAACACCAGUUUUGUCAAGUGCUUUUGAAAAGUUGGGGACGCUCACUUCUGGUUGCGUGCAGAUCACCUUCCCCCAGUGUCAUUCGUCUUCUCAAAAAGCAACCCACUUUCCCCCUCUCAAAAGUAAAUAUAAAUAUAAGUAAAUAUUACUGUGGAAAGUAAAUGUAAGGUUUACAGCAUGCUACACAUUAAGAGAGAAUUUUAUGAAGUUGCAGCAUAGGUGGUAUUUGACACGAAAUAGACUAGCAAAAAUGUCAAAAUCAAUAAAGGGUAAUUGUUGGAAAUGUAAGACAGAAGAGGGAACCUUCUAUCACAUGUGGUGGUUGUGUAGCAUAAUUAAAAGGUACUGGGAAAUGAUCUAUAAUGAACUAAAAAAAAAAGUUUUUUAAAUCCUUUUCUGAAAACCCAGAAGCAUUGUUGCUGGGGUUAAUAACAACAGAAGUCACAAAAAAAAGAGAGAAAUAUGUUCCUGUAUGUGAAAACAGCCACCCAUGUGUUACUAGCCCAAAAAUGGAAAACAGACAAGGUACCAACAAACGAAGAAUGGCACAUUAAACUGUUAGAAUAGGCAGAGCUUGCAAGAAUGACCACUAGAAUAAGAAAUCAAAAGGACAAAAGAUAUAAGGAGGACGGAAUAUUGUUUAUUGAAUAUAUGAAAAAGUAUUCUAAACAAACAAUCUACCUAGCAGGAUGGUAAGAUAAUAAGAAAUAACUUAUAAAUAACAAAGAAAUAACUAAAGUUUAUAAAAGUAGUUAUGAUAAAUGGAGUGAACCAAGGAAACGCGGGAAGAAGAGGAGGUGAAAGGAACCAUGGAUAGGAAGUUGGUUAAGUACCGUAUUUUUCACCCUAUAGGAUGCACCGGCCCAUAGGACGCACCUAGAUUUGGGGGGGGGAGAUAAAGGGGGGGGAAUUAUUUUUCCCCCCCAGGCACGGGGCUGGGGCGGGGGAAGUCCGAGCUUCCCCCACCCCAGCCCGCAGAACAGGCAGCUCUCCGCAAGCCGUUGGAGGCCAGCGCGAAGUCGUGCCGGGCUCCCACAGCUUGCGGAGAGCUGCGCGAAGCCCGCUCUGGGAGCAUGCGAGGCUGGGGGAGGGGGAAGCCUGAGCUUCCCCCGACCCCAGCCCCCAGAACGGGUCCCAGAGCGAUGCCAAAGCUGCUUCUCCCUACCGCCAGCCUCCAAACCACGUCGGGAGACAGUGGGAUGGCACACUGCACCUCCCUGCUGUCCCCCGAGCUUGCGGGGCUGGCGGUGGGGCUCUCCUGAAGCCUGGAGAGCGAGAGGGGUCGGUGCGCACUGACCCCUCUCGCUCUCCAGGCUUCAGCGAAAGCCUGCAUUCGCCCCAUAGGACGCACACACAUUUCCCCUUCAUUUUUGGAGGGGAAAAAGUGCGUCCUAUAGGGCGAAAAAUAUGGUAAUGUUUUAUGGGUUUGGGGUUUUUUUGGUCUAUUCCUGAUAAUCUUAAAUUGCAACGUCUUUUUUUAUUUUAGAGAUUCUUUUCUUAUUGUAUUAGAGUCGUGCCUUGGAAGUCGAACAGAAUCCGUUCCGCAAGUCCGUUCAACUUCCAAAAUGCUCGGAAACCAAAUCACAGCUUCUGAUUGGCUGCAGGCAACUCCUGCAGCCAAUCAGAAGCCCAGUCAGACGUUCAGGUUCCAAAAGAACAUUUCCAAACCGGAACAAUCACUUCCGGGUUUGCGGCGCUCGAGAGCCAAAACCUCUGAGUUUCAGGACGUUUCGGAUCCAAGGUAUGACUGUAUUUUUGUCUACAUUUUGUUGACAUGGAAUUAUAUCAGAAACACAAAUAAAUAAAAUUAUUGAUCAGAGAAAGGACAAAAAAAGAAGAAGGGAAAUGAUCUCAAUAUCUUACCUGCUGGCUGUGUCUGCUCAGGCAGCCAAUAUUUAAGGUUGGGGUAGGAGAAAACAGACCGACUACCUGAGAAUGGCUUGUCUGCUUACACUGCGGAGAAUAGGCUGCCUGAGUCACCAUGUGACCCACUAUAGGGUGUCUCCUAGUCCUCUGUCUGAAAGCUGGCUUGAGUUAAGAUCAUCCUGAAAUAAAAAGACCUGUAUAUUCCAUAAAAAUCUCCUUGCAGUACAUGUCUAUACAUUUGAUUACUUGUUUUCUUUCUUUGUUCUACAAAAAAAAAAGCCAUAGUUUCAUAAUGUCUUUUUCCCUUCUGCUUCACAAUGGGACUGAAACAGCCAAGAUUAAAAAGCUAGUUGCAGGUAUGGAUCAAAAUAAAUUGCAACUUUUAACCCUAAACCUCCAGGAUUUGAAUUUAUACAUAGAGUGUACGUUGAAGGCGCUUGUGAAAAAGCACUGUGCGUUUUUAAGCUUGACCUUCUUGCAAGUACUCGAGUCUUCACACUGUCCGUGGCUUGCUUUUGACCGGGCACCUCGUCCUGGAAUCUCUCUUGAGAUUUCAUCGGUUCCUUCACAGCUCCCAAACCAUUUAAUCUCAACGCGCCUGAAACUCCCUCACUUGAAGUACCCCUUCCUUUUGAAUGUCAUGCAGUUUGUUCCCUCUGCCUGCCUUGGUUUUCCAUUUUGCUUUGAUCCAAACUCGACUUCCCUUUGGAAAGAGCCGCCCCUCCCUACUUUGAAAUGCAAUGUCGGUGUUCAGUGUACAGGCAAAAGAAGACAUGGCAAGAGAAAACGACCCCAGAAUGAUAAUUUAUUUCCAGGAGGUGCUUGGGGAAUCGGGUUUCUCGUGGCCAUAGGUACCAAAGUGAGCUAUGACCUCAAGAUCUGAUAAGUGCAAGGCUAUGCAAGUGUUUUGUGGAGACAGUAGCAUGCCCACUACUACUCUUUCCGAAUUCCUGUGUAUGGUAGACCAUUGGGGUGCAUUCAUUCCAGCCCCAUUUCCCCCCCUCCCCUCUCUCUUUCUAGAAGCUGGGAAGGAGAAGGGACUGGACCAUGCCGCCUUGUUAGAAGUGAUUAAGGAACAGCAGGUUCAGCAGAAGCAGCUCUUGGAUCAGCAAGCAAAGUUGCUAGCCGUGAUUGAGGAGCAGCACAAGGAGAUCCACCAGCAGAGGCAAGAGGAGGAAGGAGAGGAAAAGCCAAAGCAAGGUAAAUAAUAAUAAUAAUAAUAAUAAUAAUAAUAAUAAUAAUAAUAAUAAAUGAAUUAAUAGGGGUUAGGGAGCCACUCUGAGAAGGGUGGUAUCAGUGGACCAUGAACGGAGCCCAUUUCUUCAGCUUUGCCCUAGGAAUGCUUCUUCUCCACUUCCCUCCUCUUCAUCUAGCAAUACAAAGCCAUUCUGGAAGCCAGCAUAGCAGAAGCUGUUUCCUGGCGUGAAAAUUCUCGCUUGUGUGUAAUUGGAAACCACAGGAGGAUAGAUGGAAGUGGAGGAAAGGCGACAUUGGGGUUUGGGGAGACAUCCACAUUUCUCGGAAGCUGUUCGGAGCUGCAGGAAGCCUGAAGCUUAGGAGGAGCCUCUCUGCUUUACUACAUUGCUGCCCUUGUUUAUGAGUUUCAAAAUUAACCUGGUCGCCAUGGCAGUCAGGCGUGAACGGCGGUAGGGAGAAUUUGGGGUGGGGAAUGGUGUGACCUCCUUAUGAGGCUGUUGUGUGAACUCCCCGGUUGUUGUCAGUAGGGAGAUUUCCCCUUUGUUAGAACAUGCAAUAACUAAGAGCUGUUUGCUUUUCUCUGCAGCAGAAAUACACCAAGAACCUGACCUGCCUAUCCUCAAAAGUAAGGAGAGAGAGGAUGGUCUUGAAGAUAAAUUUGAAGAUGUUGGAAAGGUUAUACCAAAUAAUGGACUGGAUCGUCCUCUGCAUGGGCUUGACAACCACCCCCAAGAUUCUAAUGGCCAGGGAAGGCAACAGGCCGCAGGAGAGCAGCAAGCAGACAGCAAAUUUACUGGAGCUCCACCUAAAAUCCCUGCAGCUCAUCCAAAUGAGGCUGAGAAGAUUUCACUGCACCAAGCUGGGAAAAAUCAAGCUGGGAAGUUAGUGGAGCCGGUCAGAAGCGACUCACAGGUAGCCAGGGCUGGUGGGCAUCACCAGGAAAAGCAACUAAAGAUUGUGGGGUUGAAAGAAGGCCAGGAUAUUCAAAUGGCCCAAAAUGCCCUGGAAAAGAUCAAGAAUGUCCAGAAAAUGGUUGAGGUUGCGCAAAGAGCUGUAGGCCAAAGAGAGAUGCCUGAUGCAGCCAAAGUUCAUGUGGCGGCUGAGAAGAUUGCUCCAAGAGUCUCCGAGAGAGAGCCGCUUGCCAGGGAGACGAACAAAGAGGCGCCCCGUCAUCAAGAACAGCAAGCAGAUCCUGCGCAUAAACCAAAAGUCUCUGAGAACAUGCACGAGAACCUGGAGGUCCCAGGAGUCAUGAAGGUCGAGAAAGUUGGAGAGAAGCAAGCGUUACCUUUGGACCACAUUGUUAAACUGCAAGGCCAGGGGGGCGGUAGUAAAGAGGGGGUGGCAGCCGGAGGCCACAGCCCACAGCCCCAUCGUGCCAAUGAGCCAGGGCCGGAUUUGGAGAGCGAGCGAAAAGAACCAGAGAAGUUACAGGAGUCCGAACACGACCCUGCUGUGAAGCCAGAGAAGGCUAGGCUUGCCCCCAGGGAGCAUGAAAAUGCCAAACCCAACAGAGACCUCAAGUUGCAGGCUGACCUAGACCUGCGCCGUAGGAGGCGGGACCUUGAGGAAGAAGAGAGCGAGACGGGGGAUGUGAUAAUUGGACUAAACCCCCUCCCAGAUGUGAAAGUCAAUGACCUCCGCAGUGCGCUGGAGACUCACUUGAACCAGGCAGCAGAAGGUGCCCAGCAAGCACUUCAUAGUCGGCAGAUUAAACAGAUAACUGUGGCAGAGGAGGAGGAGGGGUGAGAGAGGAAGGCUUUACACGACUGAGACCAAACGUCGGGCCAUUUUGGGAUGCCUUGUUACUGAGCUGCCUGCAGUUGGAGAUGCAGCUGUUGGCAGCCUAAAUCAGCUAGCUCUAUCUGAACCGGACAAAUUUGACUGGCGCAGUCUUGAGGGAAGAAGAAACUGCAUCGCUGCCCAGCCACUUUCAUACUUCAGUACUGCAACAGCUUGUCCCUUCUUCUCAUUUCUGCUGGUGGCUAACCUGCAGAGCGUCUCAGUUUUGGAGUGCUUUGUGCUUGCCACCUUUCCAAAGAAGCAUUUGCAUUUUAUUCUCGCUCAGUUGCCUUUUAACUAUUUCCUUUAACUUCUGUGUGUUUGGAACUGGAACUCGUUUUCAUGCUUGCCGUUUGAUCUCGAUCAAAUCUGCCUCUCCGCUCGCAUCCCUUACAGUGGGGAGGGGGAACCUGGGACCCUCCAGAUGUUGUUGGACUCCAGUUCCCAUCGCGGGCAGUGGAAAGGGAUAGUGGGGGUUGUAUUCCAGCACCACCUCGAGGGCCACAGGUUCCCCCCGCCUGCCUUUAAAUUAAUUUUGGAUUCUUCUGUUAUUUGGGGAAUGGGUUGAUAUGCCUUUGGGAAGAAGGGGGGGGGGGAGAAGUUUCAUGAGUGUCUCAAGUGAGAAGACAUUCCAUCAGUUUAAUGGGUCCAGAAACGCAAAGCUAGUUAGUGUCAGAGGCAUCCUUAAACAAGCUCAUAAGCGGCUGUUCUGAUGCAUCAGGGGUCCACGUUAGCAAUAAAGAGGUUGCCCAUCAUUUCCUCCUCUUGCUUGACUAUCAAAUAUUAGGUUUAUGCUUUUAAUACAUUCCUAUCCCAAGUGCACUAUGGAACCAUACUGUGCAUGAAAACUCUGCCAGCCACCUGCUGCAAGAGGAAGCAAUUUAAAGGAAGCAAGACGAAGAGAUUCCAAGUCGGCGUUAUUCCAGUGGGCCAGCCUGCGUCUACCUCUUUCCUCCAUUUGGCAAGUGCAGGCAGCGCUGUUUAAAGCUACCCUUACCUGGUCCAGCAGUCCAAGCGUUUGUGAAAGGUGCUCGUGCACUUGAGCAGAGCGCCGCUUGGUUUCAGGCCUCCUGGUAGGGUUUGUGGCAUUUGCUGUUGACAAACGAUGCGGCGAAAAUGGAAAGCUUUUGACUCUUGGAUGCCCCUAACAGCUGAUGGUAUCUUCCCAUCUAAUCUAAGAUUCUCCAUGCUGCAGAAAUAAUAGAAUUUGGCACUGUGGGAAUGUUUUGUUAUAAACAAGCAAGGUCCUUGAGUCUGUAAAUUGGCCUCUUUCUCCUAUCAGUCUGUUUAUCUGGAACAGUUAUGGGUUUAGGGUGCAGAAAUACCUGUGAUGUCAUUGCUAUUAGGACAAUAGCAAUGCCAUAACAGUCUUGACAAGUGAGGCAGAGCUAGAUCCUGCCUUUGCCGUAUCUUGCCUGUGAAGUGUGCUUGAUGUGUCUCCAUUAAAGGAGACGGAGAAAUGUGGCUGGUUCCACUUAACCUACUUUGAGGGACAUUUUGCCUUGUCAUAAGCACGAUUGUCAUUAUAGCCUUAAUCUUCAGAAGACUCACUGGGCCAAUCUGGACAUAUCACUAAACCAUACUUUAGUGUUACGAGAACAAACCUAAGCAAGCCUUGAGUGUAUAUAUUUCCCUCCUGUGAUGUGAGCUUUAAAAAAAACAAAACUUUUAACAUCACCUGAACACAACAAACUGUGUUUAAUCUUAACUAUGAUUUGCUAGAACAGCCAACUUCAGGUAAGAAACUGGCUUGCUUAAACAAACUAUAUAGUUAAGGUUGAUCAUAGAGUGGGAUUCAGAUGCAACAUUAAGGUGUGUGGCUAAUGUGGUGUCUUCCAUAUAUUUUGGACUGCAACUCCCAUCAGCUCCACUCAGCAUGGUCAAAGAUGCUGGGAGUUACAAUCUAUCAACAUCGAAGCUAUCAUGUGGGCUACCCCACAUUAAACCAGAAGUGUAAGCUUCUGAUCACAGCCUUGCAUCUUUUUUGCACCAGAGGCUUACUGCAGUUUGUUCUCAUACCCAUGGUUUAGCAUUACAUGCAACCACCUCAAGUAGUAAUGCUGCUCAAAGCACAGUUCAGCCACAGCUGAGACUGCUGUUACUUCAGUUUAGUUUCGUUUGUUAAGUAAAAAGGGGUUAAAUGUUUCUAUGAUCUUUCUACAUGUGUUCUAUUUGUAAAUACCAGGAAAGUUGCUUUAAUAUUAAAGGGUUAUGGAGAUGUCCCUGUAUGUCCUUGUCAGGCUUUUUCUGAUCAAGAGCGAUGUGAUCAUGUGCUGUGCCUGUUCUGUAACUAAAGGACCAAAGAUACUUGUGACAAUGCUCAAUAGAGCAACUGAAUUUUAAACAAGCCAUCUCCCUACAAUUGUGGAGAGUGAAAUCUGGGGAAGGAGGCUGUGGACUGCACCUGGUGGAUUAUGGACAGGCUGCACAAACAAAUAAAGUCAAUCCUAGCAUUUUCACCUGGA